UUUUUUCUCUCUCUCUCUCCUAAACGUGGUCUGCUUGCUGAUGGCAGAAUGGCACUCGGAGAUUUGUGCAUUGUGUCUGGUUUCCUACGGGCAGGCUGACCCAGUGCCUCCAGGGACUUAUCAAUAGACCACUCAGAAGAGACACAGACAGGAGAGAGGAGGAGGGGUGGGGGGAGAGAGAGAGAAUCAAUAUCAAGAAUAGAAGGAGCUCCGAAGCCAUUUUUUUUUUAAAGAAGUAUCGGGACUUGGGAGAGGGUGACAAAGAAGGUUUUUCAAAGAGGCAGUGGAGGAGGUUCUAAUAAAUUUGGAAGGAAACAGUUCCCUGUCUUGGGAAAAGGAGAACUCCUGACUGAUUAGCAUUCACACCAGGUAUGAGAUGUUCGCUACCCCUUAUCACUGUGUCGCAACGGAGAUGGAAAAGCCUUUUUUUUUUUUUAGGAGACUGAGGGAGCAUGUAUUUCGCUGUGUUUGUUGUUGGGGGGUAAGGGGGUGGUGUGAGAUCUGUGGGCAUUUGUGUAUGGGAGCAGAAAGAAUGGAAGCAGUACAACGGGGGGUGGGAAAGAGUAUGGAGUAUGUUACUGUCUUCCCUGUCUUUGUGCACCCCUGGGGGGUUACCCAAGUUCAUUUCUAGCAGGUGGAUUUAGACGGGAGUUACUUAACGCUUGACCGCCAGUUUUGAAAAAAAGAAAAAGAAAAAAAAAAAAAAAACGCUGCUUCCUAUGUCUAUUAAAGGAAGCUCCAAUUUCUCUCUCUCUCUCUCUCUCUCUCUCCCCUCUCUCUCUCCUCUCUCUCUCUUCCUCUCUCUCUCUCUCUUCCUGUCUCUCUCUCUCUCUCUCUCUCUCUCUCUGCCCCCCCCAUCUCUCUUCCCCUCUCUCCCUCUCCCUCUCUCUUCUUUUUUUCCUCUUCUAACCAGACAGCGGGAGGGUUCCUGGCUCCCAGCCAGCCCAAAAGCCUCUAAGUGUUUUGCACUUGUUUCAGGGAGUAGCUGCCCGGGGAUUUUUCAGCAUUUUCACUAGAGAACAAAGAGUUCUUUACAAAGGGAAGGGGUGGUGGGGGGAGUGAGCUUAAUGUCUGAUAUAUGUUUUUCUAUUUUUAUUAGUUUUUCGCCUAAAAAGAGAGAGACAGGAACAGAACAUUCACUCUAUAAAGACACAAAGACAUUCCCAAAGAAAUCCAGUUAUCUUUUCUCCCCAUCACCCCAAUAUAUAUAUACAUAAAAAAUAAAAAGGAAAAAGACUAAUUAAGUUGGAUAUGUUGCUCUUUUCUCUUCUUUUAAUCUUUCUAAAUCCGACUUUUCUUAUGCUCACUCCAUGGUAUUUUUUUCUACUCACAAUAAAAGUUGUUCAGGAUACAUCCUCUCUUACUAUCUCUUUUACCCAAUUCUGGGUCCCUAAAAUCCUGUGGAGCAGAGAACAAGACUCCACAAAAUAAUCAGUUUAGUGGCAAGAACAUCUUCUACUUUUGCCACUUGAGUAAAAAGUUAACUAUGGGAUUUGGGUUCCCAAAAUACCAAUGGGGUACAUUAGUUCAUUCGGUCUCACAAGUUUUUGCAUCCGUUUAAAAGGUACUGCUUGUGUCGCUUGUCAGUUAUUAAGACAAGGUACUGAAGGAACAGAUAUUUGUAUUUUAUUUUUGUUUCUAUUUAAUGAUGUAAAUGGCAAAAAAAAAAAAAAAAAAAAAAACCCAGAGCGAUUACUGCCCAUCCGUGAUCUACUAGUUCAAGCGAAAUAUAGUCUAGACAGAGAUUUUUCUAUGAUUCUGAUUGCCACGUAGCUUUGCGUGUUCUCCAUUUGAUUUUUCUGCCUAUGCAUGUGUAUUUUCACCAUGAAUUUGUGUUUGUAGCAAACAUUCCAGAGUGCUUAUCAUUUUCAAAUUAAUGCUCCAACAAAAGAAGAAAGAAAUCAUGUGAACUGUCUGUGCAAAAUGUGUAAACAAUUCCACCUUUUAUAUAUGCUGUACAUUUAUAUCUUUAUACUAACAUCCUUGAAUUGUAAACUCAAUGUUUUCUUUCUAAAAGUUUUCUUCCUAAUGUGUUUAUAUUUUGAUUGCUAUUUGAAAAUCUCUUUAGGAUACUUAAUAGACACAAAACUGAACAAGGGGGAAAUUCACAAGCACCACAAAAAUCCUUAAAUAUAUACUAUAGGCAGUGCCUAACUACAAAUAACUAUUUAACUAAGUGGAAACCAGCUACAACAGUUGUUUCAAGGUUCAGAAACUCUUUCCUUUCCUUUUAUUUUUUUUUCAUCCACUGAAAAUAUAAUCUGUUUUUGUCCCUGGGGUGGGGAACUGUAGGGAAAAUAUAGAUAUAUACAUUUUUCCAUAUUUUUAGAAUACAUUUAUGUAACUGCUUCUCAGGGAUGUAAUACAUAACAGGGCAGAGAGUGGUGUCUAGUCAGUAAGCCCUUCUGGCUGGGAGGUGUGAGCGCCUUAUGUUUGAAGUAACUUGAUAACAAGGAGUCUUUUCGGAAAACCUUAGUGUGUAUGUGUUGCCUCAGUAAUGACCCAUCAGAGAAAAAAACAAGAGCUAGGUGGCCAGUGUUUGCACUUGAACUCGCUGAAAGACAUUAGAAUGAGGGGAACUUUUGGCAAAUCCAAAUUUCUCUAGGGUAACUCACUUCUUAUAGUGUUUUGCCUUGAGACUUUUCUGUAUUUCUGUAGAGAUUUUUAAUGCUCUUAAGAGUGCUUAAGGAGAAAAAGAUCUUUAAAAAGAAAGUCAUCAAAAUAAGAGAAAAGAAACUCGGUCUUGGAAAAGUUUUAUAUUGAAAGCAAGAGCUUUUUUUCCUCUUCUUUUUCCCUUUUGACUUGUUUCUGAUUUUUUUUUUUUUUUCUGUCUUGAACUCUUUUGUUGCCAUGGGCUGUUGUGUUUGCAUUUUUGUUUUCUGCUUGUACUUUUUAGGGGGUGUCUGUUUUUGAUGUGACCAAAGGGGUUUAUGGAAGAGACAGAGGGGCUCCUGAAGAGGCUCAUAUGAAAGCUGCACCAGCCCCUCUCGAUCCCAACUCAGGCAGCUCCUAUCAGCCAGUCGUGCCGCCAGGAGUAGGGAAAGGUGAUAGCUGUCAUUCUGCGAUUCUUCGUGCAUCUGACCUGAGAGUAACACAUUCACAGUCGAGGAGAAAAGGGAAAAAAAAUAGAGGAGGAGGAAAGAAAAGCUCUUUGAGCUGGAAUACACUGGCUCUUUCUUCCUGUAGGCAAUCCGCUCCAGUUCUUGGCGACGUGUCCUGCACUAUCAGAUAUCAUAUGACUUUUUAUUUAGAUUCCUUUUCGGAGAAUGGCCUGUUAGGACUCUGUUUGUUUUCUUUUAUUUAAUUUCCCUCUCCCUUCACCCGCUAGUUGUGUGUAUCUGUGUGUGAGAGAGUGUGUGUGCACAUGCAUAUGUGUGUGCAAUUUUUAUCUUUGUUUCUGUUCUGUUGAUCUGAUGCUUUCUUUAAGGACAAAGCUUUAAUUAUUUCAGUAUACUGGUUUAAUCAUUUGCCAAAAAGAAACCUCCUUCUAGGCGUUUUGGGGGGUCCAUUUUUAGACACGUCCAUUAACACAUGAGGCUAGAGAUCCGAAAUGCUUGCUGGUCCUGGUCGAUGUUUAGCCCACUCUCUCACCUUCAUUUCACCCUCCCCCUCAUCAGCAUGCACAAUAGUAUAAGUUAGGAAACACCUGUGCUGAGUUGAGAGGGAAAUUAAAGUAGAGGCAACUUCUUCAAAUCUGCACUCCUAGUUUCACUUUAAUAAACUUUUUUUUAAUAUCGGUUUUUUGGGUUUUUUUUUUUUUUUUUUUUUUUUUGGCACCCUCUGCUGAGCUUGAAAGUGUCAGAAAUACUGAACGAUGUGUCUGUGGAGCCUUUCUGAGGCCAGAUGAGCACCCCUGGAAAGUAGAGCAGGGGCUGAAAGUCAUUCAGAGACUUACGUGAGAAAUUUAAAUAAGGUCUAGGAGAUCUGUGGGCCAUGCAGGGUUUGGUGAUAGAUGAUAAAAUGGAAUACUUAGGGACACUCAGGAGGAGAAAGAGGAAAAAUUCCCAGCCAGGGGGAACAGGCAUUCCUGCUGCAGUAAUUAGGACUUUAAAACCCGUAUUUGAUCCAAUUUUUAUUUUGUGUAACUCAAAAUUUAAUAGAUAUGUGAUUGCCUUCUUCUCCAUGCCUGCUAUGAAAAACAGAGGAAAUAUACUGACAUUAUUCCUGGGUUUCUCCUGUAUUUUUGAUAUAUUUCUUUUUCAGUUUUCAGGAGUUCGGAUUUUAGUUAGCAAAAGUAAAGAAUAACUUCUCUAGAUAUGCAAGAGUUGUCUGGGCAUUAUUCUUAUCAAUGCAUAACUUAUGUAUACAUAAUAUAUCCUGUUUGUAUCAAGAUUUUUUUUUUUGUAUAGUAACAAACACGACUGCCUUGAAGGUACAGAUGAUCAUUAAAUUCUUUAAACUCAUAGUUUUUAGUUCCUUGUUACUCUUUCCAAAAUUAUUUUUUUUAUAGAUCUCCAAUUUCUACUGCCUUAUCUUAGCCCGAGGUGGAUUUUGUUGAAACUUAGAGCAAAUUUUAUUCCAUCUCUUUAAGAGUACCCAAAAGGGAAGAGAGAACUAUUUUUCGUUCAACAAAAAAUUUUAGAAGCCCUUUUUUUCCCCAGCGGAAAACUCCAAAACAGCUUUGUCUCAGAACGUUAAACUUGGCAUGGAUCAGAAAUGUGAGUUUUGCUUUGUUUGAGAAAAUUUGUUUUUGAAACAACAAUGUUAUAAAUAUUUUUAAAUUGUCUGCUGAGCAUGCGCUGUAUCUGACUUUAUUCAUAGUUUUAAACACACACCAAAGUGCAGUCUUCUGAAUGGCCACAGGUAAGGCUGUUGAUUUGUAAGAUCUUUCUCAGAGCCACCUUCUGUGAGUCUACUCAGUUUUCCAGAAGGGAAAAGGGCAAGAGCUGAGUUUAGACCUGGAUUCCUUUCUAAAAACCCUAGAGCAGAAGUAGAUACCCCCUUUAAGGCUUGCACAUUAUACUUAGGGUAAGUACUAUUCAACUUUCCUUUCUUAUGGGAGUCGCCUGCCUUAACUUUUCAGCUUAAUACUAGCAGAGUGAAAUAAUAAAAAAUUGAACUCAGUGAGGUAUUUGACUGAAGUAGAAAAUUUUUAAGAGCAUCUAUUGUGCAUAAAUUUGGGGAUCCGAGAAUUUGCCAGCGAGAUGACAGCAGUCUGUGCUUACAGAACAAGGAUGUGCUAGUCUGAACAUGUCUGCUCUCCUCUGGAAUCGAGAGCUAAAUCUAAAUCUAGGUGGGCCUGUAAUAAUACCAGAAAAAGAACACAUGUAUCUUUUGUGCAACCUUUUUUUUUUUUUUAAGCAAGGCUUCCAAAGGGAGUGACAAAGAAGUAGGUUCUCCUCUUGCUGAAUCAGUAGUCAUACUUUGCUCCAGGAAAUAUAUAUUUCCAGUUGUUUGGUGUUGUUUUGUUUCAUUUUCUUGUUGUCAUCCCUGUGGAAGUAUAUUCUUUCCUGUCGGUGAUUGUUAACACUUUGCAUUUUUCAGAAUGCUUUAUCUCCAUUAAGUCUGUUUGAUGUUUCCUCACUUGCUUACCUUUUUCAAGUCUGCGAUGACCCUCUCAGGCUUUGCAGUUCUUAUUGAUUGUUGUCAGAAUUUAUUUAUUCAUUAGCUGUUUGUUAUAGUUAUGGUGGAGAUAAUCUCAUUUUUCAGGCCUUUAGAACUAUCCAAAUAAAUUUCAUUUUGAGGUGAAAUUUCUCAUAGUUUUUCUUGACUCAGAACUGAACUUGUCUUGUGUCUUGCAGAGGCUUGAAGAAAAGCCAAUUAGCCGUUUUUUGAGAACUAAAUAUUCUAAGAAAUGCAAAUGAAAUUUUUCACAAAAUACAUAUUGUGCAUCUAUGCAGUGCUUUUCUAUUUUUUUCUUUCCAUGAUUUAAAACAGAACUUGAAAAUUAAAAAAUAUUUUUUAAAAAGAAAAAAACCUGCCAGGUUAAUUUGAUACUUUAAAUGCCCAAUUUAAAAUAAUUCAAAGUUUUCAUUUCUAUGUAACAUAGCAUAUUUCAAUGUCAGUCAGUAAUACUUUCUGCAAAUACACAUACAGACACACACACUCACAGCUUCACUUUACAUUUAUAUUAAUUCUAUUUUUGCAUAAAAGAGGAUUAGCAUGCAUCCAAACUUUUGUUAAUUUAUUACAUUUUAGUAUUUUUCUGUAAUUUAAAAAUCCAACUAACUGUAGCCUCCCUCUGAUUAUUUAAUAUGUGUAUAUACUUAUUACUGUCUUUUUGUAUUCUAAUAAUUUAGCUUAACUUAUAGUCUUUUUAUGUCUUACAUACCCUUGAAUCUUAUGCAGCUAUAUUAACAUUCAGGUUUAUUCAGAUACGAUUUGCUUUGUUCCGUAUUAAAAAGUUUUUUCUUUUUUACUCUCUCAAUCCAGUAAGACUAUGGCUAUUUUUUAUUAUAUAUGAUUUCUAUAUGUCUUCAGUAUUCUGAAGAAGGAACUUUGUAAGCUCAUGAUACCCUGGAAAGCUUUCACAGCAGUAGAAGUAAUCUUUACCUUGCUGCUCCCCACUCUGUUUGCUGUCACCGUACCACCCCUCGCCACCAGCAACCCUGAAAAAACAACAGUAAUAAACACGAUAUGAUAACUUUUCUGAUCAUAGAACCAGGAAAUACCAAAGAAAAUUGUGGCAUAUGUAGGAAAAUGCCAAGCGCUUCCCCAGUCAGAUCAGCUGUUUUUGUACUUUUUUUUUUUCUCUCUCCUGAAUUUUGUUUGUGACUUUUUUGGCUUGCUGAAGCAUAUCCCCAUAAUCUUACGAAGCCACAGCAAAUUCCCAAUGCCACAACAACACUGUGCAACUGGGGAGAGCCCAGAAGAGCUGAUCCUGGGUGGCUGCAGACUUCCCCAGCGAUGAUGCAAGGCAAGAGGAAUAAGUAGGCUACUCUUCUCUUUGCUUCUUACCUGGGCUGCCAAUGGGUCAGGUAGAGUGAAUUUUUUCUGUUGCUUUCCCGUCAGCUAUCUGGGGCUUUUCUUUCUAUUACCAAUGGUUUUCUACCUUUUCCCAGGUAUGAUUUAUACAGCAGAGCAUCCCAUUUUUCUUUUACGUUGAAACAUGGAAAGCUUUGGAGAUUGGGAAGGGCGAAGGAAAGAGGUUCGGGGUAACUGGAAAAUAUUCAAAAUGGCAUCAGACUCAAAGCUGUUUGGGGGGUCUGUAACUUUUCAGUUCUCCUCAGAGUCUUUAAGAGGUUGAAAGGAGUGAAUGGGAUAACUAUAGGGUACAAACUGUGAUCUAACUGAUUCAGUAGAUGGAGCUCUUCCCCCUAAGUCUGUAUUUAAAUUAACGUCCCACUCUGGUGUGUGGGGCUUUCUGUUUCAAGGUGUGUCAUGCUACACACAGAAAAUCAAGGGCUUAGAUUGCUAGAGAAGAGAUUUCGUGACUCUUCAAAAAAGAGUAAGCAUUUUGCUCCGAAACACGAAACAGCACAGGGGAGAAGUAAGGAUAGGGUGGGAAAUGAAGGUUAUAUAUCUAAAUUUCUCCUUAUGUUUGUUGAUGUUCUUAAGUGUGAAGUUAAAUCAUAACAGUUUUUAUAAAAGUGAUUAUUACUGUAAACGUAGAAAGAUGUAUUGUAACAUAUAGGAUUUGGACUGUGUUGAUUACAAAUCUUCCAGGCUAUAUAAACUGUGCAGAUCUCCUCUCAUUUGAUUCUGCAAAGGAGUCUUAAUACUGUAAUGCAGUUGUUUCAUCCAAUUAGUCUAGGGAACCUGGCUGAAAUGUGACAAAUUCUGAAUUGUGACAGCGCAGAGGAGGGCAAACCAGCGGUGUUAGGACGGUUCCUUUAUGGAAGCCAAAAUAUUUUCAGCAAUAACUGAAAAUAGAUCUUCAGUAUAUCUGCUUUAAUAUGGAAAGAACUACUUGUUUAUUUCUUUUUGAAUCAAUUGAAAUGAAUAAUGGCAUAAAAUUUGCAUCGGUGUUAUAUUAUUCUCAGUAACAAUAGGAUAAGUUUGAUCAUGUCCUUCCCUGGUAGCGGAUGGGAAGAUAUAUGUAUUCUGUAUGUAGUAAAUGAUCUUUCUUAGUGGAAUGUCUUCUCCCAGAUUGGAGAUAUUACUGAAUAUCUCUUGUAAAUCUUGAUAAGAUCAUUUGGCCAAAGUAGAACUGGGCUUGGCUUUAGUACCAAAAGAAAUAGCAUUUUUAAGGGACUUGGAUUUCCUUUGCAUACCACGUGUCUGAGUCCGAUACAGUCCAGGAAAAUAGAGAGGAUGAGACGAAAUUAUUCCUAAGCAGCCGCCGUAGGCCAAACACUGAAACAGUGCCAACCUGGACCAAUCAGGCCAGCUUCUCAGAAGAUACAUGCUUUUGUCAAACACUUACAUGAAGAGAAAGAGGGGAGAAGCCCUUGAAAUUGCAUUCAUAUGAAUGAUUCUUCCCUAAUUUCAAUAAAGUCCAUAGCAAUAGAUGCAAAAUUUUAUUACUUUUUUUUUCUUGAAAAGUAGAAAAUGUCAGUUUUCUUGUCCAGCUAAGGAUCUCCAAAUGCUGUAUUCUGACAUCUUUUGAACAAAACUAUCCUUUUGAAUUUAACCAAGUGAAAAACUUCUCACAGAGAGCAAAGAGUAAAAUUGAUGGAAACUCAAAAUCAAUUCCAAACCCAUUUCUGGCAUGAUGAGAAUAACAUUUGUGCUGUGUUUAAAGCAGUUUAAAACAAGAAAAUGAUAAAAUGAUCAAUAUACUUAAAGCCAAAAAUAACCAGGAGAAAACGAUCUGUAAUCCAUUCCUAGACCUGAAACUCUACACUUUUGAUUGAACAUGAAAAUAAACAAAUAUAUCUUUUAUAAGGUGGCAUUUGUAAGCCUUAUAAUAUAGAGAAAUGAUGAGAUGUCACGCUUUCAACUCGCCUUAAGCUAUGUUUUCAGAGUUUAGCCAAAAAAAAUUUUCUAGACUUAAACUAUUGUACAUUUAUUUAUUUGUACGUACCCUGACCAUAGAAAGAGCAAAAGUUAAGGAAUAUAUAGAAGGUCACAGUGGUCUGCAUUGCCACUUCACAGUCUAUGUAUAUUCUUUAUCUUGAAAAAAAUGAGGUUAAAGCUACAGCAAAAAAUAUUUUAGGCUAUUGAGAGUCAGUGAAUUAGUCACUGUGGACAGACUGAAUUCUCUUCAAAAAUACCUUGACUCCUAACUAAUUUAUUAAAUUCAACACACACCUAAAUAUAAAUCAUGUAUAUUUUAUCCUUAUUGCUUUACUAUAUUGGAAGACUAAUUUGACAUCAGUAUAUUUCGAACCUAUGGAUUCCAGGUCAGUGAAAUGCCACUUUUCAGGUUUCUAAAAAGCUCUCUAGACUUAAGGUUUUGCCCCAAAGAAUGAUUUUCUACCAGUCUUUCCAGAGUCAUUUGACUGGCUAGUUAUUUAUUGAUCAGAUAAAAUGAAAUUGUCCUUCUGGAUGAAGAAAUCCUGGCUGAAAAAUUAAAAUGACAACAAAUCACAUAAGCACAUUUAAUUCCGUCGACCUAAGGUGCAGUAGGAAUGAUGAUAAUUCUAAUGAGCACUGUGACGAAUGUAACUACAAAGAAGCAUGCUUGAUUACAUCAGGAAGAGUGACCUCAGUGGCCAGGGUCAGGAGGGUGAGAUACAGAAGUCAUGACAGAGUGGAAGCUAAUGAUGAAAGUUAUUGGAGAUGCUUAAAGCUUAUAGCUGGCUGUGGAAUUAACAGAUACCAAAAAAAAAAAAAAAAACCAAAAAACCCAAGAGUUAAUUUUAAAAGUAGAUAGAAAAGCAGUACUUUUUCCUUCUAGAAUCAGAAUUUGCUUUUGCAGAGAAUUUUAACAACUUCCUAAGCUUUGGCUGUGGCUGUCCAGUGUGAUAAUAGUUGUAAAGAGCUGUUAUGUACAUUUGCUUAAGAUUCAUGUAAGUGUAAUUGUUACAGCAACUUAUGCUAUUGUUUGAAGUUGAAAAGCUCCGCUUUAAGUGUCGACAAAGCAAGUGUCAGCAUCAUAGAAUCAUAAUCAUGGCAUCUUAGAGCUUGAAGGAGCCUUAGAUAUCUCAAUAAGGAUGAGCGGAUUAUCAAACUCUCCAGAAAAGAAUACUGAAUAUCUGGUGCAAGACCAUGCAGAAUUUUUUUAAAUAUAUAUUUCAUAUAUUACGACUUACAUUUGGAAAACACUGUUUAAAAUAAAAGCUUAAAAAGCAGAGAAACUGAAUCUCCACGAAUUCAUCUUGACUAGUGGUGCUAUACAUUGGAUUCUGUAAACCAGUGGUUCUACAGAGAAGAAUGGCAAAUUUUGGGGAAAGCACAAGAUUUUAUUUUCACCAGAGGGGCAGGCUGCUCAACAGAAGAAGAAAUGCUCUUUGAGCUUAUACCAUGCUAAUAAGAAAAUGUAAACAGAGAAAUGAUCAAACUUUCUCAAGAUGAGGAAGGCAAAUUGUACUACAAUUCAAGUUUUCUAGCUACUACUCUAUAUCAUAAGCCUGACCCCCUAAAACAAAUUUCUAAAAAAAAAAUUCCAGAAGUAAUUGAAGAAGAAAGCAGAGUAACCAAGACUUUAGGGUUCCUAUUUCGAUACCAAUAACCCUACUGUAUAUUGGGCAAGGGUCAAAUAUGUGUGAUAAGGAUACAGCAUUCUGGGAAAUGAAAGAAAUUGCACCCACCCUGGGACUCCCUGGACACCCUCUGCUCCUAACAUUGCUCCCCCUACACGAUCCUCAUAUCCCCUCCAAGGUAAGCUUGUAUCUCGUUUCUCUUCUUCCACCUAUUCCCACCAAUGGAAAAAAAAGAAAAAGAAAGAAAGAAAAAAAUUUUUUGAGAAAUUGUAGUCAGAAAAUACUUUAGAAAGAAGUUCUUCUUUUUAGAAAUCUUCCUGUACAGAUCAAUGUAUCUUACCAUCUUAUCAAAAUAUGACUUCUAACCAGAAAGUGCUGUGUUAACUAGGCUACUCCUUGUCUCCUAAGCACACACUACAUUCCCACACCCCUGUUCCUUUUCCCCUGGUGGUCCCAAGCAGAAGCAAUUCUGCCUUCUUUAUUUCUACAAUACUCUGUCCUUUAAUGGCUUUUGUCUUGUCUUAUAGAUUAGCCAUUUGUGUGUUUAUUUAUAAUGUAAGGAACAGGUCUAUGUAAUUUGGGGUAAUGCCCUUAAUUUCACUGGGCCUCAGUUUCCACAUCUGUAAAGGAGGAAGAUGAACACUACUAACUACCUUGCUGGGAAAUUGUAAGAAUUCCUGAAAUGAAGUAUAUAGAAGGCUCAGCACCAUGACUAGAGUGUAGUCAUCACUCAAUAUCAUUGUCGUUGUUACUACUACUAUUGUUAAGAUUCCCUUUCCCUUCAAGCAACAAUCACAAUUACUUUUACAUAAUAGGAACUGAAUAAAAAUGUAUCAAAUCUUUUUAUACAAGUCCAUAGGUCCCAUUACUUCCUUACAAAACCUUUCCGUUUUUUCCCUGGAAGUUUAGAAUAGUCACCCUGGCUGACCUGUGGAUACCAUAAAAGACAGCAGUAUUGCUCACUCUAAACUGUCAGUUCUGCCUUCCCUUUCGGGUUCCCCACAGACUCCCCAGCCGUGCAGGACUGCUCUUUGAAGCAUCUCCGGAAGUGUCAGCUUAUAGUUCUGGUUCAUGUGAUUAAUGAGCUGGUUAUACCUCUGUCUGCAGCCUGAACUAGAAACUUUCACUUUGGAGAGCGGGUCAAGAUAUCGAAUUUAAUUUUAGUUGCAUCUGUUAUAAGCCAAUUGUGUAUUCAUUACAUUUAUAGAUUCCCUCUCCAGCCAUAUAUUUUCAUGGCUGUUGAGAGCACCUGAAUCUGUGGUGAAUGUCUUUAGAUUUUACUUUGGGGACCAGAAAAUGAUACAGUGAGACAUUUUUGAUAGCUAGCUGUCAUCUUUGGCAUUUUUCUCUUUUAGUGUCUAAUUUGGUAUGUUUGAAGAAGGGGGCAAAUAUAGAAUUUUUUGUCUUAAGUUGAAUAUGGUCUGAUAAUUCUGUAUCAGUGAAAUCUAGGGUCAAUGCAGUUCAUCUUCACAUUUCUGUUUUCUGGGCGUACAACUCCAUUCUGUGGAAAUGAGAGACUUCUAAAAACGGGCAAAUGAAAAAUAACUUGGGGCAUGUCGGGGUAGAGAUAUAGCAUUACAUGUGUAGGGUCAGCUGUAGGCAGGAUGGCCUACAAGGUGGACUUGGAAUGUGUACGGACCUGACUGGUUCUUCGGGGUCACAGUGAAUAGUGAGAAAAUUUAAAGGGGCAGGUCACAUGACCAUAGUCAAGGAGCUCCUGACGGCGGGGUGUAUUCAAAUCAGGAAGAAUGCUGCAUCUUUAUCAGCCAGAAGUUCCAUUUAUUUGAGAGCGAGUUGGUAUUUGUGAGGGGAACAAGGUCACAUUUAGUAGAACUGGUAAUUCAAUAAAGGGUUCUGACUUGCCCAGAGUAAUAGUGUUGGCAUCAAGAGGAGAAAGUUUUGCAGAUUUCUCUGUGUGCACUUGCUGUUACUGGUGUUCCUGGUGGGUGGCUGAAUCAUCCUGAUGGCAUUCAACAGGAACCAGCUGCUGAGAAUAUUAAAAUGCAAGCAUUUAUUCCUCUAGAGAGACAGUAGCAUCUGCAAAGUUUUCCUAUCUUGAUAGUACAGAUAAUCCCAGGGAGCAUUCUCUAGUAGUUUUAACUCUCUAUUCAUUUAUACAUUUUCAUUUUAUCAUUACUGUCAGUAUCUCAAAUUCCAACAGGAGAGAAGAAUGCCUGAAUCCACACCAGGUCGUAGAGACAGAUAGAAAGCACUUGGCCAAGGACGUGGGAUUGCCUCUUGGGCUUUACCUUGAAUUGUGAUUCUCAAGAGAAGAAAUUAGCAUUUUUCUCCCUUGACUCAUCUUCACAGCAAAGGGCUACCAUACUCUUUCUUCAGAGCUCCACCAGCAGGAAGGGAAGGUCUUGGACUUGCCUACCCUCAAUACGAACUUCAUUGGAGCUUUCCUUUUUACUUGUUAAACUUGUGAAUUUGUUCCUCUCUUCAUGUGAUUUGUCGUUGUCUUGUUUUGUUGAGCUAACAACAACAGUUGGGGGGAAAGGGCAGUGCAGAAAGAAAGUUUGGACUCGGUAAUCAACAAGGUCUUUUCCAUCUCUAAUAUUUAUGAAUAAUGUAUUGAACUGAUGGAAAAAAAUGUUGAAUAUGUUCAUUAUGACUUAUAUUCACCAGUGUGUUGCCUAGAAUAUAAAAGAGCAAAGCAGUUGCAGCAUAACUAGUUCCUUACAAUAAACGUGCUGGUACGACAGAGCUCUGUAGCCUUUCCUAUUCCACUGUGUAUCGUCCCCAGAUGCACGCUCUACAUGACUGAGUAGCGACUGCAGACUGGAUACAGGAUGGGAUGACAGCCAGCCCAGGUUCUGUAGGGAACCGGGACGUUCCUUGUGGAGUCUGGGUCCUAAACAGCAGCAGCUUGCUUGAAGGUCUUGACUGAGCAGUCUCCAUUAAGAGAAAUCACUGAAGCCAGUUUCUCAUCUCAUUCGCCACUCGGGUGCUGUUAUACUGCUGGGCUUGCAGUUCUUAUCAUCAGAAAAGAAACAUCACUUUGUCCCUUCAUUAAAAAAACAAUUAGUAUGGGUAACAAGUUUCUUGGCAAUAUUGCAUUCUAUUAUAAAGGACUAAGAGUGAUAGAUAUUUCAGAACUAAGUAACUCAUCACACUUACCUUCAAAUUUUAUUUUAUAUCAUUCUCUAUCAGUUUUCUUUCACAAUUGUGUUUUGUUUAGGACUUAUUAAAACCAAAUUGUAUUUCCCAAGUAUUUUGUGAGAUAACAUUGUGAAACAUUAACCAGAAGCAUGAAAAGAGGCAAGGAGUUGAGGAUAUUUUUUAUUCACAUAAAUAAUUAGCAAAAUAGAUAAUAAAGAAUUAAAGUGAUAGCAUAACAGUCUUUCCUUGGCCAAAUAACAGUCAGGCCAAUAUUUUAAAUCAAAUAUAGCACCAUGAGCAUCAUGCAAAUAUGUACCAAAAUAGAGAAGGACUAUCUGAGGUCAAGAACUUAGAGGAUGUAGCCCUAGUGUAGAACAGAGACAGCUCCAAGUUGCAGCACUUCAGAGAAAGGUGCAGCAGAAAGGUUUGGCCCAUGUCUGAAGUCCCAGGAGGACAGCAGAGAAUUGACAAGUGUGUUCUGCCUCAGAGAAGCCUGUGCUUCUUCUUAAGUCAACUCAGAACCAGUAGACUAGCUCUUGUGAAUGGUGAGUCCAAGACCUCACUUGUACCCAUAUCAACUGUUGCCAUGACAUUAACUCAAACCCACUGUUUCAGCAUUAUUUAUCAUUAUUACUUUCCAGAGAUGAUUUUUUUUUCUUAUGCUGUCUGAAGAGCUAAAAUCCACCUGAACUCAGGAAGAGCAAACAUAAACUUAGAGCAGCCACAUUUACCAAGAGUUUAUAAUGAUCUCAGAGGGAGGAAGAAAGAGGGAGAAAGAAAGUGUCAAUGGAAAAGAAAGAAGUGUAAGAUCUUUUUUCAGGAAAGUUGCCUUGCCAAACAUUUAGAUCAAGUUGCUCAAAAGCAAUAAUGGCUACACAGUUCCAGAGUGGUAUAACCUGAGGACAGAUGUGACAGGUGUUUUUUGGGGGUUUUUUUUUUCAUCUUUUUUUUUUCAUCUCCACCUUUCCUUAUAGGACAAAUCACUUAACCUGUCUAUGUAAUAGUGUAUUUGUCAAAUAAAUAGAAAACCAUCUAUCCUCAUCUCCUUCACAGUGGUAUUGCUAAGGCUGAUUGUGCACACAUAUAUAAAUGUAUAUAUUAUAGCUAUCUAUUUCCAGCAGGGGAGAAUGAUUUCAGAGUAAAUGAAUCAGGAUUUUAUGUAUGCAUCUGUGGUGAAGGUCAAUCACUAUAUUUUUUAAGAUCUCUUCUGCUAAUUACCACUUGUUAAAAGUGUUAGUGGCUCCAUUUUGUCCGACUCCUUGCGACCCCAUGGAGUAUAGCCCUCCACGCUCCUCUGUCCAUGGAAUUCUCCAGGCAAGAAUACAGGAGCAGAUCGCCAUUCCCUUCUCCAGGGAAUCUUCCCGAACCAGAGGUCAAACCCAGGUCUCCUGCAUUCCAGGCAGAUUCUUUACCGACUGAGUCACAAGGGAAGCCCUACCAAUUGUUAAAACACUUGAAAAUGAUGACCAAGCCUAUAUCAUCUCUGUGGAGUGGAAGACAUUUUGAAAACUAAGUGUAACUAGACAGAGUCAAAUGCAUUUCCAUCUACUUAUGGACCCUAGUGGCCUUACUCAAGGCAGUACAAACCUGUUAAGCAAAACAAAAGAUACCUUUUUUAAGAAAAGUCCUAAAUCAAGGUCUAGUAUCAAAGUAUAAUUCUGGCUGUAGACAUGAGCUAGUUCUCUAUAUUAGACACGUUUUUUAGAAAAUGGAACAGGGAUAUAUAGUUAGGAGAGGGUCAGCGUCAGCCUACACAAACAUCCCAGGCAUCUGCCCAGGCUCUUGGUCUGCCCCUGCGAGAAUCAGGCUCAGUAUAUAUAAAGCCCCUAAGACCAUUGGGAAAGAGGCCACAUUCAUCUAUUCGGUACUGCUGUUAUUCUUUUGAUGUUCAUCUUGGCUAUUUAAUCUCUGCUUUCUAUAUACAGACCUCAGUGGAAUGAUAAUGACGUGAGGAGGGCAGGUGAAGAUAAAUAAAUGUGAUUUUUUAGACAUGACCAUUACCCUCUAAUAGCUUUUCUCUGGCCCAUUCCAAGCAUCCAGGAAAGAGAAACUUAGCUUCCACGGAGAGUGAAGUCAUAGCUCCAACUUAGCAUAAUGAGACAGACAGACAGAAAGAGAGAGCAAGUACACAGUUAGUGAACCCAGCAAGUUUCUACUGGGCUAAGACCAAGUUCUCCUGUUUCCUCUGUUUUUUCCAAACUGAAAAGACUUAUUGUGGUAAUUCACCUGUUUUCUGAGCCUGUAUGCACAUGCCCAAGACCUGCUCAAGGUAAGGCCAGAAAGAAAUCAGGGGUAGGACUUAUAUCCAGGAAACUCAACUUCUUUUUCAUUAUUUUUGCUUGUUUUUCAUUUUUCCAGGGAAAUUUGUGUUUUUAUGUUUCAAUUCCCAGUCACUGAUAUCCUGGGCAUCUUUAGGUUGUAACAGAAGUGGGGAUUAGAGGCUGUAACAAAUGGAGCAGAAGCAGCACAACUGCAGUCCAUCAAACAUGUUGGCAGACCAUUCUGAUCCUCCCUGCAGAAUUCGGUUGCAUCCGUAGCCUAAGAAGACAGGGUGAACUGAGAGUUUUGAGAGUGGUGGUGCAUCUUUCUUAAUUUAGGCCCUGGUGACAAUGGGACUAGAAUGCCUUGGUGACAACAAUACAGCUAGAAUUAAGACCGCCUUCCUGUCUGUACAACCUGUGCAGUCACACCGAGCCCUGCGCUCACAAGGGCCCUCGGUGUGGUUUAAUGCGCUGCUGUUGUUGUCUUGAAAUUCUUAAUGAUUUUUAAUAAGGGAUCCUGCAUUUUCAUGUUACCUUGUGCCCCACAGAUUAUAUAGCCGAUCCUGCCUGGAACUUAUCUUUUCCUAGCAUGCCAAGUGAAGAUAUCAGUCCCAUAUCCUCUUCUACUGAAAAUGAACCUCUUUCUCAAUUUCUCAGAAGCUAAUUCCUGCAUUCAACUCUGAAGAUUUCUAUCGGUACAUUAUGUUUCGGAAGAACCCAUCUCUCCUUCUUUCCUGCAAACACCUCAAGCUGGUUAUCAUCCAGAUGGUCUUUUGUUGUCACCAGAAAUGUUGUAGUGGUCUCAGCCAAAUAUUAUUUUUGCUAGAGAUGGAUACUUGGGAGAAAUAGUUGUGGUAAUGAAGUAUUUGCCUAUUAUUGAAUAGUUAAAAUAGACUUCAACGAUUCAAUGGAGAUUUUAAACAGGACAUCUAGCAUAGACUAGGAGUUUCCAUCCAUUGUGUGAUCAAACACAUCCAUGUAAGCUAAAAACAAUUUUAUGUCCCAGCUCUAGCCUUGCCUUCAGGCUCUCUUAAGUUCCUACCCUGGCUGCUGCUGUGCAUUCCACAUCUUUCUCAUGACCCCGUCUGCUUUCAGCUCCUAUCAAUCUUUCCUUCCUUCUUACCCAAACAGGCAUUAGGAGGAGGGAAUUCCUCUCUUUAAUCUACAUACAACAUCUAAUGAGAAUGAUUCUGUUGAAUUUGGUGCUUUCACACCCCUGCCACCACCUUGAUGAGUGUGAAUGGCAGGGAUGUGAGGUCAUGACCAGAUCCCAUACAAGUGUGUCCAUGUGUCUUUAGUGAAGGUUGGUAGGACUGGGUCUUAACCAGAAGAAUUCAAAGCUCCUGACUCCCAGCCAGGUAUACCCUUGAUGGUUCAGGGCAUCCUCAAUAUUCCCAAAAGAGAUAUUCUAGAUGACUGGUUUGUAAACUGGUUUCUAAGCUCCCAUCAUCAGGUGCAUGGGCAUGCUAAGUCCCUUCAGUCGGGUCCGACUCUUUGUGAGCCAUGGACUGUAGCCCACCAGGUUCCUCUGUCCAUGGGAUUCUCCAGGCAAGAAUACUGGAGUGGGUUGCCAUGCUUUCCUCCAGGGGAUCUUGCCGACCCCAGAAUCCAACGCGUGUCUCUUCUGUCUCCUACAUUGGCAGGCAGAUUCCUUACAACUAGUGCCACCUGGGAAGACCCAUUACCAGGAGGAGGAGGAAAUAUGCCAGAGGAGAUAGGAGCUGGGAGAAGGAACCUGAUGGCCACCUUAAGUAGCCUCCCUGAGGCUACUUAGUUAGCCUCCCUGAACCUGUAAAACAUUUCCUAACACUAACAGUGUCUCCUGGGUUGCCGGAGCCAACCCAGAGACAGGCUUACCUGACACAAAGCCCCACUCACAGCAGAAACCUAGGAAAGCGAGCCCUUUCUACCCUUCCUGCCUCCUCUCCUGGUGUGCUCUCUUCCACACCUCUGCUCUCCCUCCCUCAUGAAAGGAAGGCGGGCAGAAGGAAUCUGAUGGAGAAGUGGCAGACUGUGCGGUCUCUAUAAGUUUAAAUUACAGGCGAUUAGAAUAACCUUGAUUUGCCUGAACCAGGUAGGCUGAAGUUUUGCAAGUUUUCAAAUCAGCUGACCUCCUGUCUAGUGACAACACACCUGUGGCACAGAGGAAAGCUGAAAACACGACUCAGAGACCAUAGGGUCUCUCAAGAGAUUUUUCAGUGGUUCACCAGCUCUGGACAGGGCCCUGAGCAGAAAAUGGUAAACAGAUUGAGUACUUUUCGCUCAUAGCCACCCCCUUUUUCCUCUCCUCUGCCUCAGGGACCCAGGGUCCUUGCAUUUAUCUGAUUUUUUUCCUUCAACCUCCCUGUUCCAGAAUUAUCCCUCUCCCCGCCACCCCCUCUCCCCAGCUCCAAUUCAAAACUACUUUACACUGAGGUAACUCUCUGGGGAUUGAAACCAUCAGAGCACCCAGGCAUGAGGGGUUCAGCCACCCUAAGAUACAUUAGCCUCACAGAAGUGCUGGAAAUUGAACUGUACCUCAUUAACAAGGGGGCUUGUGCUCCGGGCCCCAGGGAGGUGGCCUCUCUUUGGAGCCAGACUAUCUGCCUAGAAUCAGUUGUGCCCUGAUACAGCUGUGCCCACCCCUCUGCCUCUUUAUCUUUGGUCACAUAUGUGAUAUGAACUCGGAGAAGCCAAUUUUUUUCCUGGGAGAGAAAAGGGGGUGAAAAAAUGUAGGUUUACAUAGUGAAUAAUCAAACCUGGGAUGACCGCAGAGGGUCUCUGUCACAAAAACAUGCUGUGAUGUCAUUUCUUUAUAUAAAAGUAAGUUUCUACCUUGGAGAGCCAAGGCUCUAACAGGUAUAGUUAUGAACGUAGUGUGCAUAAGUUUAAAACCCCACUGCUUUGAGAUUGGUCAAGACUCUUAUCUCCUGUGAACUCUGAGCAUUUUGCAAAUUUGAAUAAUCAGUCAUCUUGAGUUUUCCUCUUUUGCAUAGGAGGAUAUGAAGGCUCAUAUGGGACAUGGCUUUUUUUUUUUUCCGGGUCAACUGAGCAGCAGAGCUGAGUUUGGGGCCCCUGGCCCCUAGGGAAGUUUAGCUUUUCUAUCUGAGAACUGGGGGAACUCCUAAGACCUCCUCUAUCCACGGCUGCCAGCUUCUCCAUCUUCUAGCAUUUCUCUUGACUAGUUGUUGUUCCUGUGAUGUUAGAGAAAAUGUUAGCAGGAGAAUCAAAGGGAGGAGAUGGAACAUUAGGGGAACAUUAACAACUAUUGAAAAGACAUUUUGACCUAUUUCUGUAGUUAUCAAUUUAAUAGUAUUUGUUGCCAGGAAAUGCACUGAUGGCAGGUGGGAGGUUGGAUUGCACUAGCAGCCUGCUCUCAGGGGCCCUCCAGUUUCAGGAGGUGGUAAUUCUAGUUAAUAGAAGGGUGAACUUCAAACACAUUUUAACCAAAUCAAAUUGUAGCGGGAAAUAUCAUAUUACUGAUGUUCAAGCCGACUCACAGCUGGUAAUAUUAGUCAGUAUAUAGGCCCCAAAUUCUGACUUUUCAGCGUUUUCAGAUAUGUUUUUGGCAGUGAGAGAGUCCCCCAGGCACAUUGUUAUGUAGGAAUAGGAGAUUUUUAACUAACAUAGAAGCUAGCCUAAAUGAAAAAUUCUUUAUUGUUGUUAGACUUUUUAUAAGAUUGUCAAAUAUUCAAAUAAUAUGUAACCAAGCCAAACUUCAGGUGGUUGAUAGGAAAUCUCCUAGAGCCAGGAGUUUUAAUUUUUUUGUUGUUGUUUUGGUUUUUUUCUAUGACAUGUUGGCAAAUGAUAAAAGCAAUUCACUCUGCUAACCAGAGAUGCUGGGCAGAGUUCCCCCAACACUGAUUUCAUGCCAUGAAAAGCACAAGGCACAGAAAAGAGUUCAGGCUUUGUGUCCUACUGCUCAGAUUUGAAUCCCAGCUUAGCCUCUGCUAGCUGUGUGACCAGAGGAUGCUCACCUAACUUCUCUGAACCUUAGGCUCCUCACUAAGAAAACGGGCAAAAUAUCAACCUCUCAUAGUUAGCCUGAGGAUCAAAUGAGAUGACAUAUGUAGAGAAAUCCACAUAUGAAGAAAAACCGAUGAGCAUACACCAAGUAUUCAAAGAUGAUCAUUAUAAUCAUCUACCCUUUUUGCCUCUGUGGUUUGCAGUUUUUUUUUCCCCCAAUAAAAUGCAUGGCUUUUAAUAUGAUAAUAAAAUGCAGCACUGCUAUAGAUACCCUGCGGACUGGUCUGGUCAGUCCUUUCUGAGUUAAUAGCUAUUGGCCAUUUCACCUUAGGCCCAGUUAACCUAGACUCCCCUGUAUCAGCCUUCGCUGGGUUCCUACAGUCAGACCACAAGACACAUCUUAAGCAAAUCAACUAGACCCCUUGAUAACACAGACUCAAGGUAAAUGAAUAGAAUCAAGACGGCAGAUCACAUGGCAGCUAGAACUUUCCAUGGCCCUUCUUCACCUGUUCUACUCCAGCUCAUCUUAAAUUAGGAGGGAUGUCAGGCAUCUUUCUGUGGGACUGCCUCCUGCCCAGAUUUCUUUUUUUUCUAAACUUUCUCCAUGUGCCCGAGUCUCCGUUUUCACAGAGAUUAAUUCUGAUUUGGUUCGCCUACACUUUUGAAGCUCUAAAAGCUUUCCAUUGUGGGCAGAUUGUCUCAAAUACUGUAUUUGAGGAUGGAAAAAGAAAACUCUGCCCAAAUGUAAGCACCAUUGAAUCAAAGAAACAGUAUUUUUUUUUCAAUUGCAUUCUUUGAAGAUCCAGACAACCUUGAAUUCUUUACAAAAGGCACAUCAGUAAAGCCAUCCUUCCUCUUAAAAAGACAGAGAGAGAGAGAGAGAGACCAACUACAGAAAGCCACUAUUCGUGAUGUAAAGGGCUAGAGUGUCCAAGAGGGAAAAAAAAUUGAAAAAGAAAGCGAUUCUAUAGAUAGAACCCAGACCUAGAAGUCAGGGUACUCAAAUUCUGUUUCCUGCUGAAUGGUAACCUGACUGCUUAUGUAAUCCCAACAUAGCUGCCACACCCCAACUCCAUUGUCAUUGUUUCUAGGGAGCAUGGGUUCUGACUCACCCACCUAAGGUGAGGUGAAGAAUUUCAUUUGCUGCUGUUCUGAAAAACAUUGUGAUUUCUGUACCAAUGGCAUUCUGCAUGGGCAAAGUGUUUUCCUCACUUGCAAGGAAGAGCCCUGAAUUGUACCUCCCAUUACUCUGAUGUGGAUAAAAGACAGAAUUUCUCAUAAUUCUAUGGGAAAAAAUAUGAUGUCUUUGUAAUGCCAACUUUGAACAGUGAAUUAAUAAUCACCUGAAUAUCUAGGGCUAAUGCAGAACCACUGACCUGGCCUAACAUCUGUAUUGAUUCCUCUUUCAGCCAUGCAAGUUCUUGGUCAACACUGAUUACAGGACAACUCAGUGUGAGAGGUGCUUUGAUAGAGGGUACAUAUCCCUCCCUUCAUAGAUAGCUAGCCCCUCUGUGUACUGAUGGCUGGUGCCUUGAAGUUAGGUUCCAAUCCCUUCCUUUCCUGCUUUGAGAAACUUUAGUCAAUCUAUGGAAGGGCUGUUCCAUAGCCAAGAGGUCUUACUUCUUCUGAACUGUUAAAGCACUUAUUUAUAUGUCUUACUCGGCACUGAUUACAUACUAUCCUACACCAGGAUAUCACUCCUGUGCACUCCUAUCACUGCACAGUAAACUCAUAAAUACAGAGAUUGUAUUUAUACACAAUUUGUAUCUCCUUCAACACCUAGAAUGUACCAUCAGAAAUAAAAGGUACAUAGUGAAUAAUAUAAUUUUAAUGAAUGAAAUUAACAGUAGCAUAUAAGUAUUUGGCAACAAACUAGCAUUUCUAAACUCCAUAAAUGCCAACCCAGAAGGCAGCUUACAGAGUUUAUCAUUCAGUUAUAUCUGUAAAGCUCUAGGAUUUUUCCCCAACUUAGUAUUUAUAGGUUUCAUUCUUCCCUCCUCUUCACUAACAGCAUUUUCACAUAGUAGGUUUUUAAUAAAUGAUUACUGAUUUAUCAAUUAAAAUCAUAGAAUAAAGCAAUAAUUUCCCAUUUCUUUAUGUUGAAAUACUUAUUUUGAUCCCCAUCUACACCUUUAUUUCAGACCUUGUCAACACUUGCAACACAGGUAUCUUCAGAUUUCGUUCCACAUAGUACCUGGCUAAGGCUUAAAAAAAAUGGUCAUGAGUUUUAAUUUGGUUUCUUUAUCAGGCCUCUUACAGGGCAGAAGAAAAAUCUUUUUUUUUCUGUCUCCUGUUCCUCAUAGGAGUGUUAAAUAGUUGAAUGAGAACUAGUCUCUAUAAAAGCAUUUUAAUUUCUGGAACAAAUGUAAUAUCAGAUUCAUAACGUCAGAUUGAGGAAGCUUUGGCACCCCAGCACACCAAAUGAUUGUGAACGUCAUGUGUGUUGAGCUUCUGCGUGGACCUGAGGGGUGAAGGUUUAUUACGCCAAGCUUUUACAUUAGGUGCAUAUGACCUAUUCACUGUGUCCUCUGCCCAAAUGAGACAGCCGAUUGCUUAGAGCCUGUCCGGCCACGCAAAAGCGUCACCAUCAUGCUCCAACCUGAUUUGAUCCUCCACCUCAGCCACACAAAAUGAUCUGAAACCAGUCACUUCCAUGCUAGGUCACAGAUUUCCAAAUUAGAUACAUUAUUCCAGUUUUGCCUCCGUUCUUUCUCAGAGAGUCUGCCUCGCAGAAAGCCGGGGAGCCGUCCCAGGCUAUACGUUCUGUUGAGUCAUGUUUACUGUCCCCCCUCAGAAAGGUUCCAAAAGCAAAUGCAAGAGGUUGCCGACUGCAGGGACAUGUGGCGGGCGUGCUAUUGAAGUGAGAGGCAUAGCACACACCUGCUUUUUGGCUGUGGCAGGCCAUCUUGACUGUGCCAUGCCACAAGUUAGCAUUUUGGAUGAGCAAUUGCCAUUCUGUUGUUUUCUUCUCAACACAUGGUGUUCAAAAACAGUUAAAAGAAAACUGUACCCAUUUGCUCAUCCCAGAAAUCUAAAAUUUCAAAGAAGCAUGCCAAAUUAAUUUUCACAUAAUAUUUUCCAAGCUUUUUCUUUGCACUGAGAACUGAUAUUUCACUUUUUGAACUCACAGUGUCCCGGCCUGAGGUAAAUGGGUGCAGUUUCUCUUUAAAUGGCAUUAAACAUAUCAAAGCAGGAUUAUAUCUGUCACUGUCUUUUUUUUUUUUUUUCUAAUGGAAUCAAAAUCCUUCAGGGAGUGUCCCAAAUCCACAUUAAUGUCUUUGAGUGCUAAUGUUUCCACUGGGACUUUUACAUUAGCAAAAUACAAGUGUGUGGAUUUCCUCCCCCCACACCCCGUCCCACACUGCUGUCUGUCAAGAGAGAGCCGACUGCACCUCCGUUACUCUCCGUGGCCUUCACCUCACCCCCAUCAAGGGAGUAGACGAGGAUGCUUUCUUUUCCACCCUUCCCCUCCCCUGUGUGUAACGACACCCCAGAAAAGCUAAUGUGAAUGCAGGUUCCAGCAUGGGAGAAUCUUUGGAAUCCCAGCUGUGAAUUUUACUCAAAAAAGACUAACAGCAGUAGCCAUCGUUACCACCUAUUGAGGGCCUAUCACACCUUAAAUUUCACCUUUGGUUCUGACCGUGGAAGAAGCAGACAAACCCCUAUGACUUCAGGACCAUGCCAUCAACAUUUUUGCUGUUGAUUUGGGGAUAUUGGUCAUGUGUUCUUAUUACGGCAAUACAAUCCCAGUCUACCUCAGUGCCUCCUUUUUUAUUUCUUUCACAAAGUAAUUAAAACGACAUGCUGUCAAUCAUGAUUAUCAAGUGGCAAUGAGAGGUUGCAGUCGAUAAAUAAUAAUUUAAAUAAGUAAUCAUGACAUAGUAAAUUUUAAAAAGAUUCUCACAUCACAUUUCAUCUUAGUUGUACCUCUUCCUUGCAUUCAGAUAUACCCUGGGAAGUUACAGUAUUUCGAGAAUAGAUUUGUUUACAGUGUGGGGUGGGAGGGCUGGAAAGCUCUGCAGUAUUACUCUCCAGCCCCUGCCCAGUGUCUUCCUUCUUUCAGCGCCAUCCUGGCCACAGAAAGCUUGAGUUCUGCAGCUGAUGCUCUGCAAGAGCCAUCCCUGGAGAGCUAGGAGCUGAGAGCUUCUAAGCGGGCUCUUCGCAUACUUUCACUUUCUGGAGCACUCUGGAGCUCGGCACUACUUCCUUAGCAACUCUUCCUAUCCCUCCCUCUCUUCCUUCCCCACUUUUCUUGCCCCCUCUUUCUUUUUCUACCCCUCAAGCUUGAACUGGAGAGUGUGUGUGUGUGUGUGUGUGUGUGUGUGUGUGUGUGAAUGGUGGCGUGCAGCGGGGAGGAGAAUCUCCUGAUGCCCCAGCCUACCACGAGGAAAGAAACUCGGUGUUUUUAUCUCAACAACCUCUCCCCACAGCUAAGCCUUCAUAUGUGGAAGAAAAACUCAAACCUUUUUCCCUUCCCACACUUUACGAAGACAAGAUGCAGCCGCUCUGUGUUCCCUGCCCCAAUGAACAGCUGCACUAGGCCCAAGCCUUGGAGUGAUUUACCUGAAGAGUGACACCAUUUAUUUGAAAACUACUAUGAGGAAACUGAAGCCCAGAGAGGUGAAGUGAGGUGCCCAAGUGCCACACAGCAAGUUAGAGGCACAGCUAGUACCAUAGCUCAAGUCUCCUGACUCCCAGUCCAGUGCUCCUCCCGUUACUCCACGGGUCCUGUCUCUAAGCUUCCUGACAAAUGCUAGAACGGAAGAAACCCAAGACAGCUGAAAACCAGAAGGCAUCUGAGGAGAAUGAGAUUACUCAGCCGGGUGGAUCCAGCGCCAAGCCGGGCCUUCCCUGCCUGAACUUUGAAGCUGUUUUGUCUCCAGGCCCAGCCCUCAUCCACUCAACACAUUCACUGACAAACUCGCACGCUCAUCCCGGGUCAUCUGACUGUGACAUCAGUUGCAAGGGGAUGACCGAGCGCAUUCACAGCAUCAACCUUCACAACUUCAGCAAUUCCGUGCUCGAGACCCUCAACGAGCAGCGCAACCGUGGCCACUUCUGUGACGUGACGGUGCGCAUCCACGGGAGCAUGCUGCGCGCACACCGCUGCGUGCUGGCCGCCGGCAGCCCCUUCUUCCAGGACAAGCUGCUGCUGGGCUACAGCGACAUCGAGAUCCCGUCGGUGGUGUCGGUGCAGUCGGUGCAAAAGCUCAUUGACUUCAUGUACAGCGGCGUGCUGCGCGUCUCACAGUCGGAAGCCCUGCAGAUCCUCACGGCCGCCAGCAUCCUGCAGAUCAAAACUGUCAUCGAUGAGUGCACGCGCAUCGUGUCGCAGAACGUGGGCGAUGUGUUCCCGGGGAUCCAGGACUCAGGCCAGGACACGCCACGGGGCACUCCUGAGUCGGGCACCUCCGGCCAGAGCAGCGACACCGAGUCAGGCUACCUGCAGAGCCACCCGCAGCACAGCGUGGACAGGAUCUACUCGGCGCUGUACGCCUGCUCCAUGCAGAACGGCAGCGGCGAGCGCUCCUUCUACAGCGGCGCAGUAGUCAGCCACCACGAGACUGCGCUCGGCCUGCCCCGCGACCACCACAUAGAAGACCCCAGCUGGAUCACGCGCAUCCACGAGCGCUCGCAGCAGAUGGAGCGCUACCUGUCCACCACCCCCGAGACCACGCACUGCCGCAAGCAGCCCCGGCCCGUGCGCAUCCAGACCCUGGUGGGCAACAUCCAUAUCAAGCAGGAGAUGGAGGACGACUACGACUACUACGGGCAGCAAAGGGUGCAGAUCCUGGAGCGCAAUGAGUCCGAGGAGUGCACGGAAGACACCGACCAGGCCGAGGGCACCGAGAGUGAGCCCAAGGGUGAAAGCUUCGACUCGGGCGUCAGCUCCUCCAUAGGCACCGAGCCCGACUCCGUGGAGCAGCAGUUCGGGCCCGGGGCGGCGCGGGACAGCCAGGCCGAACCCGCCCAACCUGAGCAGGCUGCGGAAGCCCCGGCCGAGGGCGCCCCGCAGCCGCACCAGCUAGAGACCGGUGCCUCCUCCCCCGAAAGAAGCAACGAGGUGGAGGUGGACAACACGGUGAUCACUGUCAGCAACAGCUCCGACAAAAGUGUCCUGCAGCAGCCUUCGGUCAACACGUCCAUCGGGCAGCCAUUGCCAAGUACCCAGCUCUACUUACGCCAGACCGAAACCCUCACCAGCAACUUGAGGAUGCCUCUGACCUUAACCAGCAACACGCAGGUCAUUGGCACAGCCGGUAACACCUACCUGCCGGCCCUCUUUACUACCCAGCCUGCGGGCAGCGGCCCCAAGCCUUUCCUCUUCAGCCUGCCGCAGCCCCUGGCAGGCCAGCAGACCCAGUUUGUGACAGUGUCCCAGCCCGGCCUGUCGACCUUUACUGCACAGCUGCCAGCGCCACAGCCCCUGGCCCCAUCCGCAGGCCACAGCACAGCCAGUGGGCAGGGCGAAAAAAAGCCUUAUGAGUGCACUCUCUGCAACAAGACUUUCACCGCCAAACAGAACUACGUCAAGCACAUGUUCGUACACACAGGUGAGAAGCCCCACCAAUGCAGCAUCUGCUGGCGCUCCUUCUCCUUAAAGGAUUACCUUAUCAAGCACAUGGUAACACACACGGGAGUGAGGGCGUACCAGUGUAGCAUCUGCAACAAGCGCUUCACCCAGAAGAGCUCCCUCAACGUGCACAUGCGCCUCCACCGGGGCGAGAAGUCCUAUGAGUGCUACAUCUGCAAAAAGAAGUUCUCCCACAAGACCCUCCUGGAGCGACACGUGGCCCUGCACAGUGCCAGCAACGGGACCCCUCCUGCGGGCACACCCCCGGGGUCCCGCGCUGGCCCCCCCGGGGUGGUGGCCUGCACGGAGGGGACCACCUAUGUCUGCUCCGUCUGUCCAGCAAAGUUUGACCAAAUCGAGCAGUUCAACGACCACAUGAGGAUGCACGUGUCUGAUGGAUAAGUAGUAUCUUUCUCUCUUUCUUAUGAACAAAACAAAACAACAAAAAAGAAACAAACAAAAAAGCUAUGGCACUAGAAUUUAAGAAAUGUUUUGGUUUCGUUUUUACUUUCUGUUUUUGUUUUUGUUUCGUUUCAUUUUGUACUACAUGAAGAACUGUUUUUUGCCUGCUGGUACAUUACAUUUCUGGAGGCUCGGGGGGAGUGAUAGUUCUCCCAGCCUCCCUUGGAUGGUGGCCUUAAGGCCUGGUAGUGCUUCGGAGGUCCACUGGUUGGAUCUCUAGCUACUGGCCUCUAAAUACAACCCUUCUUUACAAAAAAAUCUUUAGAAAAAAAAAAAAGUAAAAAAAAAAAUUUUUUUUUUCACUUGUGAAGAGCACUACAAAAAUAUAUAACAAAAUCUAAAAGGCCUACUGUCUUUAAGUACACCGCUUGCAGUGUUUCAGUGGACAUUUUCACAAUUCUGGCCGCUUGGACUUCACAGUAACCAUUUAAAACUGUGGAAUAUAUCACUUUCUGGUUGAAAACCCAGAGGGAAGGCCCUGCUCUUUUCCACCUGCCACGUUGUCUGAUUUCUGUAAAAAGGGCUGUGGGGGUGGGAGGGGGUGUAGGUUUGAUGGUGUGGGGAAGGCAAAUGGCAGGCUUCUCCCCCAGAUUCUGCUGGGUCCACACACCUUGGCCCACCUUCUCCACACCCCCCUUUCAGCAGAAGCCAGGAAGACUUGGACAAGCAUCAAGCAACAGUGGCUAUCGUAUUUAUUCAGUGUCUUCGCUGAGCUCCAGCCUCAGCACAAUCAAGAGGGACUUUCAUGAAAGGCAGGAAUGCAGAUAAAACAAAGAUAUCAGAGGUUUGCACCUAUGUUUCUAGGUACAAGAGAAGGAUUCUUUCCAACAAUCUUUGCAAAAAAAAAAAAAAAAAGUGUCAGGAUAUAUUCUUGUGGAAGAGAAAAAGAAAGAGAAAUGGAGGGUGGGGGGAAUAAUAAAAAGUUCUUGAGGCUUUUUUAAUUCAAAAUUUUAUAGAGGGGCAAAAGUGACGUUUACCAGAUAGAAUGCUGAUUUUUUUAAUAUAUUUACAACAGUAUUUGUGUAAAAAAAAAAUACAAAAAAAGUGAGAUUGUUAAAAGUAAUUUCUUUUUUUCAUUUCGGUUUUGCAUACACUGCCACCAAUCCCUUCUCUUUUAUUUUAUUUCACACACAUAUAUAUAUUUUUUGGUAAGUCAAGACUGUUAAGGUUAGCGAUACUGCUUCCAGAUAGAAAGAAUAAAAGGCAAUUAAAGUUAUAUUUGAAAGAGAGGAAGGAUAUUUUCUUCAUAUUUUUUUAAAUUUUUCUUAAUUUUUAUUAUUUUAAGUGUUGCCUGGGUUGAGGGCCUCUGGCCAGCCCAUCCCUGCUGUAAUUUGAACUGCUGCUUUGUAUUUUGAUAUGUAGUUUUUCAACUUUUAGCAAGCUUAUGUUGCUCCACUGAAUAUUUUUUUCACCAAUUCAUCUAGAAUUCUGUUCUUUUUCACGGGAGGGACUUUAUCGUUCAGAAACAGAUGUCUUGCUUCUCUGAAAGUUUCAUUGAGAUCUUGUGAUUCUAGAAUUUCUAUUGACUUUACCUUUUUUCUUUGAUGAAACACUAGUACUCUAGAAGUCUUGACAAAUGGGUCCUUUUGUGGUCAGCCGGGAGGAGGAGUUCACGAAACUCUGCUGUCCCUCCUCACCCUUCACAACUGCAGAGAACGGCAUUAUCAGAAGCCUGUUGCAGAUCAGGAUGCCUCAAUGCUACAAUCACUUUCUUCCUUUCAAAGAUCAGUUUCUGUUCCCACCCUGGUUGAGAGGGCUAAAUAAGAUGAUUAUUCCUUAGAUGCCUUGUCAAUCCUUGCUUGUUGGUAAGGUUUUAAAGAAACUAACAAAAAUCUCCUAGAUGCCCAACAUCCAUCGUCCGGAAGACCACCAAUUCAUUGCAUCAUCUUAGAUGCCACUCUCUCUUCCUAGUUGAGAUUUCUCUCCUCGGUCCUGAUUAAGGUAUCAGAAUAGAGAUUUUUCCAUUAUAGACAGUGUCCUAAAGGGAUUCCAACUCAAACAUAGGAAUUCUUAAACCUUAUAAAAACUCCAAAGGUGAUUUCACUGCUGGGCAUAUUUUAAUACCUGUAAGGGGGAAAGUAUAUCUUUAAACAAAGCAGAAACACUAAACUACAGUUAAAAAAAAAAGAAGGAAAGAUGUAUCUCAGUUUCAAAAUUACUUUGCAUUUGCAUUUAAUUUUCCUAUCAGCAACUUAUUUAUAAAAAAAAAAAAAUAAAAACUGUGCAACAAAUGGGGAGAAAUCUUCCAAGGGAAGCAACUGUGUAAUAACUAAAUUGGUUUUACUCAUUAUUUUAGUAUUGGUUCACUUGUAUCUUUUCCAUAAGUUUUUGCUGAUAAUUAGUAAGGUUAGUACAACUGGCGUAUAUGUGAGUUUGAUUUGGUCCUUGGUCCUUAAUUCAGUAAAUAUUUUGCUAGAAAUUUUAAUGUAGCCAUGGAUGAUUAACUGACCUUCAAGUAUUGCCCAUCCUGAUUUCUAAGAGGAGUCCUACCACAAACUAUGUAUCCAAAAUUGACCUGUUUUAAAAGCUGGUGGGAAACAGCUUCAGAAAUCAGAAAAAGUCCAUUUUCUUUUGCUAAUUGUGCUUUUUGAAGUAGCUAUCUUAGACUCCAGUAUUUCCACCUGCUACCAACAGAGGGAGCAUUAGUUAAUUAACCAUGUCAUAGAAUUUUGAUAUUUUGAAAAACAAGUCAUUCAACCCAUGAUGUAAUACAGAAAAAAAUUUGACAUUAAAAAAGAUCUUUUUAAUCUAAAGGAAAAUGACAUGAAAUCACUCAGCAUAUGUUACAAAUGGAAGAAGGUCAAGAGCCACUUUAAAAUAUUUUGAAUUAUUUGACAGUAGCUGGUUUAAAAUGGUGUCCGUACUCAAAUCUUAGCAAAGUAGACAACAUUAUAAGAUCCCCAGAAACUUGAUCCUGGGUGCCAGUAUGGACCACAUUCAGCUAUUUGCUUCUCAAAUCUGAGGGAGACCCAUUUGCCUAAAUGUUGAUUUGUCACAUAAAAAAACUGAGCAAUUGGGUUAAAAUUUACCUUUUGUUCUAGAACAUGUAGGGGAAAAAAAUUCCAGUUGAGUUUAAACCCUAAUAUUCAUCCUUCCCCUUCAAAUGAAGUAUUUCUCUCUCUGUUUUUUAAAUGUUGGAGGACCCCUAAAGAAUUCUUAAUGAGGUAAUCAUUUUAAUGAUAUGUGCUAUCCAGGUUUACAUAGCAGUAGACUUUUUCUUACUGUGUGUAUAUUCCUCCCAGACAUCUCAUAGUCCAAAACAGUUGACAGAUUGUCCUCUGGAGAAAGGAAGAAGCUAAACUGAAGUUGGAGAUGUAAAUUUGGGGAGAGGGAACUUGCUGUGGGGUCAUUACUCCAUACUCUGGUCUCUGAAAGAGCUGCUUUCCUAACUGACCUACAUUAGGGGAAAUAAACCAGUCUGUACCUGUUUCAAAAGGAUAAAGGAGCUUUUAGUUUAUCAAUCCUUCCUUUUAAAUUAAAUAAUCACCAACAUCUUAGGAAAGGGGAAACAUUUUGCUUUAAGAAUAGAAGAUAAGCAUGGAUUCUUUUUUAUUUUCUAGUUUCAAAUCCAACAGUCUUCUUACAUUUCAAACGUCAUGCUGGGAUGUUAAUGAGUGCUUUUAAAAAAGAAAAUUUUCAGUAGCCAGGAAAAAAAACAAUAGAUGUAAUGGAAUCAAAUGUUCCAGAUAUAAGACCUCUUAGGAUAAGUACAGGGAAUAAGAACUGGUAUGGAAAAGUACUUUUUUUUUUUAAGCAAUUUAUGAUUUAAAACUGGAUUAGCUGGACAAGGGAAAGGAGAAAAGUCAAAGGAGAAUGUUUAUCUCAAGACAUUUAGAUGUAGUUUAUGAAAAAUAAAAUGUCCUAACUCUAAAACAUCAGUAGCAUCUUCACAGAACAGGCAAUUUUGCCCCAUUAAUAUAAUAAAUGCUAAUAAUUGUACCCACCCCCCUAACUCCCAGUAAGUAAAAUAGAACCCAAAAACGGGAAGAAAUUGGGACACAUGGAUCUGAUAGAAAUCUACACAGGGGAAAAGGUUGAGAAAUAAGCCAGGACAAAAAAGAAUCUGAAAUGAAAAUUUCUAUAUCAAAAUAUUUCUUACUAUAUAGUUUGCAUUGUAAACUUUAGCUUUUAAUACAAUUUUACAGACUUUUUCUUCCCCAGAUUCCUAAUGCUCUAUGAGUAGGUGUCGUGGAUAAUUUCCUGCUGUUGUUCAGGCUGAAGCCCAUUUCUUCCUAGGCAUCUUGGAGGUCACAGUAGCUCCUAGCCUUAGAAAGAAAGACUUGAAUUUACUUUGUUUAAAAGUCACAGGGUUUUGUUUUGUAUCAGCCCAACAUUGUAUAAGGACCAAGAAAACUUCUAACUCAUGAGCAGUUAGAAUGCAUGCAUUGUGAUAUGAAAAAAGAAAAGGUUUCCUCUGGGUGUGUUAGUUUCACACUGGUCCUGAAGACUUCCUGUUCCCCCAUCGUCCAAGUACACCAACAGUACGUGCAAAGGAGGAGCAGGCACCACCUGAGAUGCCCUUGGAAUUUAGGAGAAGGGAGGGGGUGCCCUGUCUGUUGUGACCUGACUUAAAAGACAUCGUAUAAAAGAAUUCUUUAAUGUAGUCAUGAGUUGAAGUCCAGGGACCUGGGAGCCAUGGGGAAGAGAACAGAAGGUUUGCAAAAUGUAUUCAGCACCCAAUAAUCCGAAGCCAGAAAGCAUCCAAUCACAAAACUAGGAGGUUUGGCAAGAUGUAUUUAGAGAAAGCUCUGGGGUUUUCCACGAGUAGGGUCAACAGACUUUCUUUUGAGUGAUUUCUGGCUCUGAGAAACCUCUACACUCACUAUAAAAGAACUUUAUUUAAAUGGCCAAUUUUGUCCCCCAGAGAAAGAUUUUAUAAAGAGAAAAACAGGACACUGAAGACACAACCAUGUGACUUGGUGUCAAACAAAAGGAAGGGCGCACUAGAAUUUCAAUAGACUCCCUGAUUCCACAGAAGAGCCAGGCAACCCAGUGCCCCUCGGUGUCUAGUGUGUGAAGAGGGUGCUUGAGCUGCACCAGGCUCCCCAAGGCCAAGUGCAACCUUGCAGAGGGGCGGCCGCAGCUGCUUCCCCUUCUGUGUUCUCGCAGAGAAAGGGGCUCUUCUCCUAGGUGCCCAGGAAAUAGAUGGCACGGGGCAAACUUUCAAAACAAUCUCUGCCUUGGUGCUCGGGCUGCAAAUGGAGACAAAAAAGGGGCACAGAGGAGCUCUUGCUCUGGAGAGAACAUUCCCAACAGCUCUUUGUGCAGAGUUGCCAUUUGUGAUGCUGCAUCAACCUCCCCAAGAAGGAAAGCUGUGGUGACUCAGUGUUCCUGUAAACACAGAGCCUGGAAACUACUAACCCAAAGCAUCAUUUCUAGUACUAGAUACUCAAAUGAUUAACCUGACCAAAACACCCCAAAGACCUUGCUCAGUCUCUGAGUAUCUACAGAAUGCUGACUCUGCAGCAGUCGGUGGUGCACGUGAAUAGAUCCCAGGAAACAGUGUGAAGCACGAGGGUCUGUUUGGAUUCUUUCUAGGCUGAAGAGGUAGAAGAUGAGGGCUGCACAGCAUGGGUCCCUUUUCACAACUAUGUAUUUCACUGCAUGAGGGGUAGAAAUGCCCUGUGUUGAAACAAGAAACAUCAUUUUUCCACACUGCUGACCAAAAAUGCCUGGAUUCCAGUGUUUCUUCAGGCCCAGCCUAUUGCUCCAAAAACUGAAUAAUUUCAGACUAAAUCUAAUCUGAAGUGACCUCAGUUAAGGUAUUUUCACAGGAAGCCACUUAUAGUAAAGAAUUACUGCCUUAAAUCAGAAAGCCCAGGGAAGAGAACAGAAAUAGAGAGAUUGGAAGGGUGUGAAGACGUAACCCUUUCUUGCCUUUUAAUGGUUGCAUUAUCGCAAAACUGAGCCCUAUUCAUGACUGAAGACUAUGGAAACAGUGACUUUACAGGGAGGCACCAAACAUGUAUGGAACUGGCUGCUUUUAGGAAUGGCUGCUAUUUCUUAUCCUAUUUCAGUAACAUAGGUCUGGGCUGGAUGUAAAAUAGACAUCCUAUUAGCUAAAUAGUGAGUCCCGUGAGACAUGAUCACAGGUGCCUAAGAUGCUAGUUUGAAUCAUUUCCUUAGCAGGGAGAACAAUCGCAACAAAAAGCUUUCUCUUCCUGUACAGUGUAUAUCGCUAAACUUUUUUUUUUUCUCAGUUUCAGUGAGCAUCUGGUUUAUCUGGUGGCUUUUUGUUUAAAUGCAAACUCACAACUUUCAAAUCUUCAAUGAAGGAGCACAAUCUGCAGAUCGUAGGGAAAAUCUAGCUACAGUUAUUGGAGUCCUGGCUUUUGCGAUACCUAAUUAGAGUGUAAAAAGUCCCUAACUAGCCCUCUUUCAAAUUCAGUGGUUUCCUUGAUUCAAAAUGCUUCAAUGAGAUUCUAAUACACCCAAGACAGAAAAAAAAAAAAUUAACCCCCUAGGAGACAUCUGUUUCUACUACUGUUGCAACAGAAGUUUGUCAUUGCCCAGCAAAAUCAUUGCAAUUUAUAUGUAGAUUCUAGUAAUGAAAGGGACUUAACCCAUCUAGUAUGUCACAGCUGCUGUCCAAAAUGUCUGUAAAUGAGUAUACAUUAUGCAUGUACACACGCAGGGUGAGGUGCUCUCCGUACAAAACUGUUCCACGUUCAUAUUCCCCGGUGACAACAAGAUAGAGUCUGGAAUUUCCAGUUGGUCAGAGGUCUCACGUAUCUUCUGCUCUGUUGCCUUAGUUGGAUGCGUUAGUGCUGUCCACUGUCUGUGAUGAGGCUUUAGGACAUUCUGAAGGAGCCCAACCAUCAGUGAUUUCUGUAUACCGCUUUCAUGAGAAACUUGAAUAUGCUUGUGUGAAGUUGAGUGCAUGUAACCAACUGCGCUUCUAUGGGGUUUAUUGACGUGUGUGUGGACAUGUGUCUUUGCGUGUGUGCUUGCUAUAGUCUGGUCGUGUGUGCAUCUCAAACAAAGCACACACAGGCAUAGGUCCUGGUGCAUAGAUACGGUUGCCUCUUCCCACCAUUGCGCUCAAGGCUGGUGGCUCCCUUCCCAGGAACCAGUCACCUGCCCACUCUGUUGCUUUUUGCAGCAUGUCAGAGUUGGGAGAAACAAAGGCAGCUUGUUGGAUCCACAACGAACCCACGGUGACAGGCUGCUCUCCUCCAGAAGAAGGUAGAACAGAUGUCCUCCACUGGCAAGUAGACAAGAGGGAGAGCAGUCUGGGGCACCCCCCUCUCGCCCAGGUUUCCUGUGGAGGAGGGGCACUGGGGCCAGACAGGCAAGGCCCGUACAGACUUUGGCCUGAGCCCUUCCGUGGCUCAAAGGCCUCCAUUCCUUUCCUCUAUGCAACCCAGUGUAUGCGCACAAACACCCACCCACUUGUGAGUUUGACUCCCAGACUAAAGCUUCCUUAAUCCUGCCUGCAUCUGCAGGAAACCAUCAUCAUUCAUAAACUGUGUCUCCUGAAACCAGUGUGGCCUUUGCCGAAGUCUUUCCAGGAGUGGGUUGUUUACCAUGUCUAGCAGACCAAUAGACUCUCAGAAGAAUCUUUUUUGGUAAUCUCUAAGAAUUGACGGCUCUUGCCCAGCUCAAACAUUAAAGUAGAAUGCGCUCUAGUGGACUGUUCUGAACCAACGGACCUGGCUCUCACAGCUGACUUUGAAGGGUGGCCUGGAAACAGUCGAAUUCAGUUUUCUCCACUCCCACACCCUUCUUUUAUUAGGUGGCUUCUUAUUUUUUAUGACAUGUGGAUUAUUUCUGCUCACAGAAUUCAGAGGACAUUUUCUUUCCUCUUCUAUUUUGGUGACCUUUCCCCCUCUCCCAUUAAGUAAGGCUACUUACAAUCUUUUUUGUUGUUAUUAUUUUUUAAAAUGUAUAUUGUCUUUCUAUAUCCAAAAGAAGUCUGUGACUGUAACCAUAGGUAUUUCUUUUUACUGGAAAAAAAAAUGAAUUUUUUUUUUUAAUUAACAGUACUAGUGACUUCGUGGAAGAAUAUCAGUUACUAUUUAGGUAUGCUUACUUAAGUACAGUACACUACAUUGCAGUAUUUCUGAAAGCUAGAACAUACACAUUAUAUAUAACAACUCUAUAUUGAAAUAUAUAUUACAUUAUAUUCAUUUUUCCUUUUGAAUCUGCCUACAAUCACAAGUUGAUUGAAAUAUUAUUUCUUCACAUUUAUCACCCAUCACCAACCUGCUGCAGUUAAUCUGGUGCAUUUAAUAAUAAUCAUGACUGCUCUAGUUUGCUUUUUAUAUUAUCAGCUUCAGUAUUGUCUUUACAGGAUUUUAGAAUUUUUUUUUUAAGCUCGGACUUAGCAAAUGUAGGAAAGUGAAAACUUUGUUAAGUAUGGUUGACACAAAGAGAUUCAUAGUCAAAGUGAUCUUGUUUAGCUGACCCUCUCAAUAUCUGAAGAACAAAAGAAGUGCAUAUGAAUGUAUCUGUGAUCCCCUCUAGGACUGUCACUGUCUAUAUUUGCUUUUAAAAAUAUGACCAAGGGGCCACGUAACCUCCAUAUGAUCUGGCCAACAGUUACAGGCUGCAUUUCAAAGGGCUGCUCAUCUGAGAAGAAGAGGCAGUUAAAUGCCUAGUUGUCCCAACUGUAUUUUCAAAUACUGAUUUUUAAUACUAGCUCUUUACUGACUCCUUUCUGUUUUCAGUAUGCCUGCAAUUAUUUUAACUUGUCUUCUGUGCUUCCCUGGAGGCAGCUUAGCAAUAUAAUAUUCAUUUUCCUAGGAGUUUUUUUUAAUAAAAUCAGAAUUUGAGGGACUUUUUCGUGACAGAGGCUGAUAGAACUAGAACUCAGAAAUGUGUAGAUACUCUGUCACCCUCAGCAUCUCCAGUUGUCUGCUAAGGUGGGGACUUGGCGCCUUCCUUCUUUAAGGCCCCCAUGGAAACAUCAGAAAUAGGCAUCCUGUUUCCCUAGCAAGAAGUAUUUUCAAACAGUAAUUUUAGAUAAAGAGCUUCUUCAGCUUCCUUCAGCUACUCAACAUAGUGCCUAGACAACCCACGGAUGGAUAAACUUCACAUCUAUCCUGGGUGCCUGAGACCAGCUCCACAUUCAGGACAAGAUGAAAACAGCUGUUCACCAUACUCAGCGUGAGAGCCCUUCCCACACUGAACGGCUAUUAAGGCCUCUCAGUGUAACACCAAUUUCUCCCUUUCAUCUUUUCUAGUAAAUGUUUAUUUUCGAAUCCCACCCCAUUCUCCUGUACAGCCCCUCCAACAAGUCCCCCCCUGCCCCGUUUCUUAUCCAACUCCCUCCUUGCCCUCCACUCCCAGUACUCAUUAAGGAACUACCUGCUCUGAUCUGCUUGGAAGGAGUAUUGAGUCCAAAAGCAAAUUAUCCAUCUGUUUCUCCAAAGUUCUCAACUACAUAUAUUUCUACUGAAAAGAAAGUGAAAGUUAGUCGCACAGUCGUGUCUGACUCUUUCCCAUCCCGUGGACUGUAGCCCGCCAGACUCCUCUGCCCAUGGAAUUCUCCAGGCAAGAAUACUGGAGUGGGUUGCCAUUUCCUUCUCCAGGGAAUUUUCCCAACCCAGGGAUCAAACACGGGUCUCCUGCAUUGCAGGCAGAUUCUUUACCAACUGAGCCACCAGGGAAGCCCAUAAUUGUGAGUUGAGGGUGAGAGGAGCUGUUCUUUUGCCUCGGACCCCUUGAUACCCAAACUGUAUGAACUGCACUAUUUUUCUCUUUCCUUUUCCUCACUCUUUUUUCCUUUUAAUUAUUAUUAUUUCUUGUUUCUCUUUAAUGCUUUACCUGUUCCUCUCCUCACUGCCUUAAGAAAGUCAUCAUGACAUGUAUACCUGUGGCGGAUUCAUUUUGAUAUGAAACUAAUACAAUUAUGUAAAGUUUAAAAAUAAAAUAAAAUUAAAAAAAAAAAAAAAGAAAGUCAUCAUGAACCCUGAGGGCUCGUCUCCCUCCCUUCCCCCGCCCCCUUCUGAAUGUCCUUCUUUAAGCUUUAUGUGGUGAACGAACAUUGUCGCAAGUGAGCUCAGCAGACUCGUAGGCAGAGUGAAGCAUGCCUUCACUGUACUUUCAGGCCUUCAAAGUUAUCAAUAUUCUUUUGAGAGUGGGAGGACCUGAGUCACAGUUUUAAAUGUCAGCCGUAUUAGCUGAGGUCAUGAAUUCUUUUCACCUUCACAUCUGGCCAAAGAUAAAGAGAAAAAUAUUUUCUGGCUUUUUUUUUUUUUCCCUCUUUUCUUAAAUACCACAGUGUUCGAAUUCAUGAUAUGAGUAGACCAUUUCUGAGGGGGAGAAAAAAAAAAUCAUCAAUGAUGAUUCUUUGACUCCUACUAAUAUUUAGCCAAAUGACAUAGUUGCCAGAGUCUAGACCUAGCGAAAUCUAAUGAAAGGGGUCACAUUUCAGAAUAAUUUUGAUAACUAUUCAAGCCUUAAUGAGCUCUUCUAAAACAAGUAAAGCCACUUUCACUCAAAGGCAUAGGAGACAAUUAGAAAGAAUUUUUUUCUUGCAUUUAUCUUUUUGAAAAACAAUUGUUGAUUGGUUUAGAACUUUAAGCAGUAAUUUACUAAGGGAUGAAAGGAUUCCUAAAGUUUCUAAAAUGUCUAUUUUGCAACCAGAUGUUUUUUAAAAGGUAAAGUUAACCUGUGCUUAAAUAGAAUAAUAUUAGGGCAGAUCAGAUACUUGAAGAGCCAUGUAAUACACUCCCUAGUACCUAAGCAUUCACCAUGUGACUUGGUGGUCAUCAUGCUAGGUCUCAUUUCAAUGAGUUACUCCCAUCUAGUUGCCAGAGCAUUGUCCCAAAGACCCAUAGAGUUCUGGCUCUACCCCUUUACAGGAUGUUUAAGACACAGUCCAAACAACUCUAUAACACAGUCUUUCUUGACCUGAAAGUCCAACACUUACUGUGAUACUGCUUUGGCUCGCUGCUCUUGGGAGGACCAUUCUGUGGCCUUUAGAGUGCUACCUAAAGGUUUUGAGCACCCAGGGGUAUGCUUUCAUUUCUUGCUUUACCUGUUGACAAACAGAAGCAACAUUCAUGUCAGAAAUGGAGUCUGAAUUUGAUUUGAGGCUUGACCCAGCUUUUACUGUAAUCAAACCAAUUGUUAACAUCAUCUCACACCUUAGAGAACGAUGAAAUAAAGAGAUUCAAAAGACUCUGAGUCAUGAAUGUAAUAGGAAACCAACACUUCUUAAAAUCGGUAUUAUGUUGCUUAUGACUCAUUUUAAUUGAACAUGUUCUCCCCAUCAUUCCGAUCUCCUUCUCUUCCUUCGUCCCUUCUGACUCUAUUUUUUACAGUGCUCUUCAUCUAAAGUAUUCCUCUCCUCAGGCAUUAACUUCUGAAAGAAUAAAAGACUCUCUUUUAAAUCCUGAAUGCCAUCAUUUAAAGUAUAAUGUGGAGGAGGAGAGGAUCUGGUUCUGUAGGUUCUACCUGGUCCAGUUUAUCACCAGGAUUCCCCCAGGAUGCCUUCUUUUUUUUUUUUUUUUUCCAGGAUGCCUUCUUACCAUUGUUCCUUUAGCUCUCCAAGAAGAGCUCUAGCCCCAAGACACUGGAUUUUUCACCACAGCCUCUGCAUGAGUCUAGAUUAAUGUCUAAAUCCUGUUUAAUCUAGCUAGUCCAGGACGUGAAUUUCUUAUUGCUUUCAAGCAUCCUACUUUUCUAAGCUGACAUCUGUCAGAAGCCCUAAUGGUAACUAAUGCAGCAAAAUAAUGGUCAGAAACAUGAUAGUAUAUAUUUGGGAGGACAAGAAGGGAUGUCCUUUUUUUCCCUCCAUAAAAUGCUUGCUUUCUCCCCCUGUCCCCACCACCACCACAAUGCAUUUCAGGAACUCUGCAUCUAAUUUUACAGAUACGUAGUUUUAGGAUUUGCAAAUAUAGCUUAGGAAAUGUUCUGAGAUUGAGGCUGGUAACAAACCAGUUUAUUUUCUGCACUGGACUUUAGGACAAGUGUGCACAGAUACAAUUCCUUCAAAGAAAGUGAAACUAACAUAGUAAAGCAAAGGGAUAAUACUUGUACACAUUAAAACAGUUGUUUGCUAUCUGUAAACCUUGAUUUAAGCAUAAUUAUUACUUUUUAGAAACCUGAAACUGGAGGAAUGUGUAUUUUAGUAAAGUUUGUUUGUUGAUUUGUUUGUUAGCCUUUAUCUCUUUCUUCUCAAGACAGUCAAGUUUUGAUUCUUUAAUUUGAUACUGUUCCUGGCCCUAGGCAUCAGUCAAAUCACUGCCCACUUUUAUCUUACUCCUUUCCAUCUUAGAAUGAAAAGCCUUCCAUUCUAUCAUUAAGGAGUCUUUUCUCCAUGAAAAGCUUAUCUUCCUUUUCUAGUAGCACCUGAGAACUUUGAGGAGAAAAAUUCUCUCUUCACUUUGAGGGUAGAAUAGUUAAAAUAAAUGCUAUUCCUUGCAAAAGAAACCCCAUUUACCUAAACUUAUGGGAAUUGAUUGCAGAGGAAGGUCAUAGAGUUACACACUACAAAUCUUAUUGCCUCCUCAAAUUUUGGAAAUAAGGCUGAGGAUAAUGUAAUGAAAACCCCCUUUGGAUAUUUUUUAUUACUAUAGUACAGAAUCACCAGAAAAGAAAAAGAGAAUACUACUAAUGACAAAACCAGUGGAUCUAUGGAUUGCUAUAAUUGUUCAGAUUUCUGUUCUCUUCAUUUCAAAACUGCGUGUGUUCACAAAGUCAUAAAUGGUGAAACAUCAGUCCUCCAUUGUCUCACAUGUCCUUAACCCGGCGCUGGAGGUGACAAUCACAGAGGGAGAUUGGCAUUGUCAGUACUUCACCCAUGCAUAUUCACACCACUAUACAAGAAGGAAAAACCAAAUUAGAAACUAAAAAAAAAAAAAGAGGAAAUUGUAUUGCUUCAUUUGAAAGCAUACAAGCAUACUGUUCUCAACUCAACUCAAUUUACAGAUAGCCCGACAACCUUUUUAUAACCUGUCUUUUGUGCUAUAAUUUGCAUUCAUGGCUGAAUCUUUAAAAUAAUUGCAAUUUCAAUUAAGUGAACAGAGGAAAAGCAAAGAGGGAAAACAGGACCAUGUGAUGGGACUAAAUUUGAUACAGUUCUGGAUUCCUGAAGCCAGUUCUUAGAGUUAGCAAGGAAAGUCAGCACCAUUUACCCUUUGCCAUUCUCACCCAUUCUCACUAUUAUCAGCCUAAGAAUUAACCUCAUUUCUUUGUGAUUUAAGACUUCUCUUAAUACUAUCAAACCCAUAUAAGAGAAAUUAUAGACUUUGCCCCUAUUCCUAACUCUGCUUUCUGGGGCUUAUGCAGAAAGAACUGACAAUAAAAUAAUGGUCAAAUCUGAUACAAGAUUUAGACAUAGACCAAAGUGCUUAGUAUAUGUUCACUACCAGAGGGUUCUUUGAAAAGUAAGGUGAGUUACUCUGCCCCUGGCACAAACUUUGAUUUGAAGCGAUCUAUAUGUAGAUUUGAAGGAGAGAAUUCUCAAAAGCGUUGUCAUCAUUUAAACCUCUUCCUUUGUCCCAUUGAUUACAUUUUCCCAGGGGCCUAUUGAGAUAUACAUUAAGAGUAACUCUCAUACAUCUAAUUAAAUUUAGUUUUUUGCUCUAUUGUUAAAAGAAUUGUGGUUUUCAGAGUAAAUGAAAGUAGAGUCUCUUCAUAAUCCUCAUGGCAAACCAAGGCAAGAAAUUGACAGAAUCAAGAAACUCUGUGGGAACAUACUGUUUCAAAGUACUUUGAGUGUGCUGACCCCUCCACCCCACCCUGCCAAAUGUUUCUAGAAUCUAUUCUAAACUGCAUAUUGAUUCUCCUGAGACUUCCAGGGUAUGUGUGGGUAUGUGCAGACAAGCAGACUUACACCUGGAGGGUGGAGACCCAGACAAACUGGAGAGAAUGAUGCUGGAGGAUGGUCAAAGGCAAAGCCUGUCUCCACAAUCACUCAGUACUCCCAUAUCCCAAACUAAGUCCAGAUGAAUCUCAAGCAAAAAGUAAGCUCCAUCAGACAUCCUGCUAUGAAUUUUUCUUUUCUUAAUAAUAUUAGAAGAGGUACAAUGCAGACUCAAUUUUGGUGUAAUAAUUCACUUUUAUAUUUAAUAAUUGUACUUUUUGUGUUAGUGUGUCAUUGAGCUAUUUGUACCCGUUUUCAAUGUAUCAUCCUGAGAGGGGCCUUGAGAAUUUCUGUGUAUGUGUAUGUAGAUCUGUAUUUAUGUGAAGUCAGAAAAAGUGGACAGGACAAGAUUGAGGUGAGAGAUGAGGUCAAUGUGAAAAAGUGAGUGCUCUUAGUAUCUCUAUUUAUGUUAGGUAAGGUGGCUGCUGCCUGGAGCCCUUGAGGAAAAGCUGAUUGCACUAUUCAAAAAUAAGAACCCAGCACUGUUAAAUUUAGGACCGUGUUUUGGGAAACAGGAAAGCUUUAUCUUUUUCUGUACCUAUUCCCUUUAGCAUCGGAGCCAUUUGACAUGAUGAAAACCAUUCAAUAAAAACCACUACUGACCUUUGCAUUAAAUAGCUAUUUUCCUCUUCUAAAUACUAUCCUUGGUUUCAACUCAACUCCUUCCCUUUAUAUUCUGCCUAUUGGCUUAACAUUUUACAGAAUAAUGCCUAGGUGUUUGCUAGUUGUUUCUUUCCUUGGAAACAAACAGGGACAACAAAAGAGAUGACUCACAGGAGUGUGAGGUGCAGACUGAAUUCCCCACUUUUGUGGCACUGGUAACUUUUAGUAAGUGUUGUUUAGGGUUGAGCUUGGGUCUGUAAUAGGGCUUUCUGGUUUUGUUUUUGUUUUUGUUUUUGUUUUGCACUAAAUAAAUAUGACUGCACUGCAUUGCACUACUGAAACGUAUUUACUUGUGCCGGGAGAGAGUGUGUGAGGUAUGGGAAAGAAAGAUGCAAGUUACGAAACUAGAAGCACCACAGAAACGGAGGGUUGUUUUCAUCAUGCUCGGUCUUAUCGAGGUUGGUGAGAAUCUGUGGAAUCUGCCAACUUUGAUCAGGCCUAGCAACUGCCAUGCUGAUAGGAUCUGUUUUCUUAUUAUAAAGAAGCUGAGUUAGUACUGUACAUUGAAGAUGUUUAAAAGGAGAAGUUUGCCCAACGUUGUCUCCAACUAAGCUUUCAGUAAAAGUUUCAAUGGUGAGGAAGCCAACAGAGGUGACAGGGAAGUCUUCACCUCGGCCAGGGGUAGGGCCUCCUUUCAGAAAAACCUCACCUUGUCUGUACUGGAGGUAUCCUUUCAGCCUGAGCAUGCUUUUUCAUCACUGGGUGAAACCUAGAUCAGGCUAACCAAAGAGGAAGGCCAUGCAUGUGGUAAAAAUCCUUUAAGAUGACAGUAAGGGAACAGUGCAAUAAACAUGAAAACCAGUGAGGUGAAAGGUUUAUUUUGAAACAAGCUAGGCCACCUUUGAAAUUGGAGGAAGAGUUGGAGGAUUAAUUGGAACCUACUUACUAGCUGCUCCAUCAGAGACUAUCCUUUCUAAAACAGAAGACCUUAACAGUGCCUAAAAGCCUAGUUUUGAAGUUGGAUUGGUUUUUGUUUUGUUUUGUUUUCAGUAUUCCUUUAUUUGAUUUAUUUUUAUUGCCUUUGUAAAUCUCAGAAAUAAUUAGAAUUUGACAGCUCUUUAGUGACUAUUAAUAAAAGAAUCUUUCACCACAGGAAAAGUAAUGGAUUGUGUAGGGAAUAAUAAUAGGAGAGUGAAGAUGCUGAAGGACUCUUCCAGUAUCCAAGGUGACAGCUUUGAAGAUUCUGGUUCAGUAGGAAAGGAUCACAACUCGUAUCAAUGGGUAUUGUUGAAUGUCUCUAUCACUGUCACAUGUUGGGGCAUCAAUGUGGAAAAUUCUUGGGUGAUACCUGUCUUUCUCUCUCCCUCUUAGUAUCCAUCCAAAUCUACUUUUCCAAGUUGAAAUUUUUUUAAGGAAGCUGUCAGCCUUGCUAGGCAGAAGACUCCAUUUAGAGCUUUCAGAACUAAUGUAAGCGAUCCCUUCAGCACUCAAAGUAUUCUCUCCCUUUUAAAUAAGAAACUCGAAAUUCAGAGCUCUUAACAGAUACUUAGAGAUAUGUUUUGGGUAAGCACUGAGAAGAUACUGACUGUACCAAACCAAAGUUAUACACAGAAAUAAUUGACCUUUUAAAAUAUAUUCACAUUAACUGUCCUAGGAUACUUCUCUUGAGGCUUUUGGAAAAUAACUUCUUCCUUAAAACUUGCAUACCCACUCCAGUUUUGUCACCAAGGAUUUUAAUCUCUAGAGCCCCACUUCCUUUCUUACAAGGCAAAAGAAAUAGAACAGGCUCAAGGGAUAUGCUUUGGUGGUCAAGUGAUGAUACUUAGGUUUUCUUUCUGUUCACAGUGAUAUAUAACAGGAGACUUGUUGUUAGAGGAGCUACUGAAUUGUCUCUAUGACUUAGGGAUUGGUUAGAAGUUUAAAAAAAAUAGGGGAAAAAAAUAUACGAUAGUACUUGACACUGUAAACUAGUCUUUUAAAGAGUCAUGACCUGGAGACUGAUGGAGAGAAAGAAACUUCCAUGGAAGAGAGUGAGCUAAAUCAUUAAGAACCAAACAAGGAUCAUUGGUGAAACAUGGGGCAGCGCGUACACAGAGCAGGUCGUUGCUCUGCGUGGCUGGAGCCAACAGCCAGGGCCAAUAGGGAAAUCAGAUAACUGGCCAAUGAAUUCAAGUACUGGAAAAGCCACAGUUUGGGUUUCAUUGUGGUUGCUGGAGGGGUUAAAACAUCCAUGCCCAUGGCAAGGAAAAUGCUGAGGCUGGUCUGUUGUGAUAGUGCCUUUCUUGUUGUAGCAAGUACUAGGUUAAUAAUCUGUUUAGUUAUGCUUUCCUGGAUCAUUGCCCCAGUCUCCUGAGGAGGUCUGAAGGGAUAAUACUCCCCUAGGAUGAAGGGAUAGGGUAUUGCUCCUGGAAUGCUGUGAUGUGAUGAUAUUUGCACUAGAUUCUAAACGUUAAACUGGAGCGACUGAAUGAGAGAAAAUCAAGGAUAGUUCCAAGUGAAAAGAAACCAAAAGCAGUAUUUUCUGACUGAUCCCAUUUCUUUGUCUUCUUCUUUUUUUUUCCUGGAAGCAACUUCACACUUGUUGAUUACCAAGCUCAGCUCUUAUCAAUUGUUUUCCUUCUUAUUUUAUUCCCACACUGGACCAUCGGUGUGAAUUAACCAUCAAGUAGGAAUGGUUAGUGGAAAGGCUUCUGUCAUUACAGCUUUGUAACCCUUCUCUCCUUCAUAAAAGGCAUGGGGGUGGGGAGGCUGCAGAGCCAUUGAGCCCUUGGGGAAGCCAGUAGGCAUAGAUGUCAUGUCAAAAGCUGAGCUGAUGCAUGUUUGCUCAGAGGACAUUGGGACCCAGAGCUAAUCCUAAAGGAUGCUCAGAAAGAAGGAAACCAACGUGUUGAAGAAAACAAAGGGAGGUGAUGCCCAAAGGUUGCCUAUUUCUCCUCUCUCUUCUUUUCCAACUCACCUUCAUAUCUUCUCUAUUGGAAUUAUAUUUCAUUUCAAUAUAUGGUACCAGAAGAAUUAUUUGGUUCCUUGGUUUCUCUCUUUAACAGUGGUCUGGGAACCCCUCCAAAAUUAAAAACAAAUACCAUCAGUGUCUCCCUUGUGGCCUACCAGUUUCUCGAAUGCUCUCCAGCUGGUCUUGACCAGUCAACUAAGAUAACUUGGAAGCUUUGGCUUGCUCAAUCACCUGUCCACUUUUUUUUCCUUUUGUUUCCAUUUCCAUUUGAAUUGUGAGUGAUCCUAUAGAAAGGUGGAAAUCAUGGGAAAGGUUUGGAGGCUGCAAUUCUAGGGCAUACUUGUCAGGAGUUUGUAUUACCCCAAAUAUCUCUUUUUUGCCCUGUUUUCAGUUGAAUCUGUUGCCCUGAUGAUAAUUUCUAUCAUAUUUGUGGUUAUUUUUAUGAGAAUAGAGUCCAUUUGCUAUGUUUCUGUGAGUGCUUUUUUUCUAUUUUCCCCACAUGAAUGCAGUACCAAUCUGUUAAUGAAGUAUCUGUUUAUUAUAUUAUUAAUAUGUAAUUCUACUGUAGACCAAAAAUAUAAAAACAAAUUUGUUCAUUUUAAAGAUAUAAAGAACUAGUGAGUGAAAGAUUAAGAAGGAAAAGACCGAAGAGCAGUGGUUAACUAUGUCGAGUUAGAAAUCUAAGAGUAGCCUUACCUAUUUUAACCAGUGCUUGCCAGUCAUACCAUAGUUGGGAUUACAUAGUCUUGGCUCCUUCAUGCUUAUGUUUUAUAAUUCUUGUUUGUCUGUUUGUUUUUCUUUAAUGUAAUUGAGGUUGCACAUCAUGCUGUUUUUGGCAAUGCCUGAUUUUAUUAUAUUGUACUUUUACCAGUCGUUUCCUUUACAAGGAUGGGGGGAAAGUUUUAUUUCUUCUUUUAAUUUAAAAUUUGUUUAAUGCACUGGAAAUAAAAUUGGACAUAUUUCACUGUUAAAAAAUCAGAAACAAAACAGAACAGAAACCGCAGAGAAAAAACCAGCAACCAAGUAAGUAAUAGGGGGAAAAAAAAUCUAUUUGUACUGAAAACACCAUACAAAAUACUUCCCACAUGAAAGAGAAAUACCAUCAAAUAAGAAAAAAUAAAUCGUUUAAAAGCUACAACAUUUGAAAUUAAAAAGAUACCUGGAUUCGGUGGGGAUGGGAAAAUAGGACAUUCCGUUAAGAUUAGAGAUCUCGUUAUUGUUAUAGUUAAUGCCCAGACUGGUUCAAUGUGGGCAAGGUGGCUACAGAGAAGACGGCCCCAGCCUUCCACACACCACUGGAGCUCUCUGUUGCCUUUCCUUCUAGGCUUAAGCUCUAUUGUAAGGGGGAAGAAAAACGUGCUAUGAUGGAGAAACUGGCUUGUGUAGAGGUAUUUGUACAGUACAAGUGUGGACACAGCUUAGUCCUCUGCCCAUCCUCAGGCAGGAUGUUUCUUUUCUCCUUGAGGAUUUGCAGCAGGUAAGCCCAUGACAUGGGAGACUGUAAAGGAUUCUCAGAACAUCAGCUCAUGCUAAAGAGCCUCUUGACUCCAAUCUGGUCUCCCUUCUUGAGCAUUCCCAGACACUGAGAGAGCCAGUUAACCCAUACAAAUGCACAGUGAAAGGAAACAGAUUUUUUUUUUCCUAGUCAACCAGCUGUAUCUUUUGUUUAAUGUUUGCUGGGUUUUUCUGGUUUUGUUUUGUUUUAGAGUUGGGGUGGGAGUAGACGUAACUUCACAAACCUUAUACAGUAAUUGUUUUGCAUCUUCCAUGUUUUAUGCAAAAGCAGACAUUUAAAUCAAUAAAUAAUCGUGCCCUAGACUGAAAGUUAAUGUUUAGGAGAGGAAAAAAAUUGUUGGAAUUUUUUCUACAUUUUUUUGUGAAGAAUCUUUUUUGGAAAGGAAGGAUACAUAUUUUUGUUGUGUAAUAUUUUCUAUUUUUGAAUGCAUUUUAUUGGUACAAGACUGUUUUUUUGGUGAAGACAUUAUUUAAAAAAAAAAAAAGAAAAAAACUAAUCGAAAAGUUUGCCCUUAAGGAUAUGCUGCAGUUUUGAGGUUAAAAAAAAAAAAUAACUGAUUCAAGAUGCGUGUUAAAAGUUGGGAUUAUAUUGUUGUUUUUUGUAAUUGUUACAAGAAGAAGUUUGUACCCACUGCUGUUUAUUUUGUUUCAGAUGAGUAAGUAAAGGGAUUGUUCUUGUUUUAUUCUUUUUUUAGAGAAAAAAAAAGCUAUUUAUGAAAUGUCAAAAACACUGGACUGUGAGUUUAAGUGUGGAAGCAUUUUACCACCCUGUGUCUUCAACCAAUUAUGGGAAACCCCUUUUCUCUUCCCCCCCGCCUUAGCCUUGCCAAAUGAGAAAAAUGUAACAGCUGUCAGAUGAUGGAAGCCACUGAAGCCCUGCUUUAAUUUUUAUGGUUUGAAAAAGUUGGAAAACCAAAGUUAAAUUUCUUUAUGAAAUCCCACUGUCCGUAGCCCUUUUUGGUAUGACACAGCCGGUUGACUCCGCCUCUCUGUCUUGGAUCAUUGCCUUCUUAAGGACUGGGUGCCAACUCUGAGGCCACAGAGGCAUAAAGAUGAGAGUUGAAGGGUCAUGAAGUCCGUGUGAGUGCGGCUUCAACUUGCCAGUGGGCAGUUUUCCCAUCCUGCCCAAGGGCCAUGCUGACCUGCCUGAGGGGAGAGCUCCCAACCCCUAUCACCUCCAUCCUUGUCUUCUAAGACCUCUGCUCUGUGCAAUGGCUUCACCUCUCUCAGCAGCCCACCUUCCGUGGAUGGGGUGGGGUAGGGAGGAUCCAGUUGAAAGAAAAUGCUGUGGAUGCUAUGAAGGGCCCCCCAGCCCUGGGGAAGGUGAGGCAAGGGACCUCUAGCACAAGGGAGCUUGCCUGCCUCAUCUUUGUCUCUGUGGCUUGUCUAUCCAUCUGCUCACUGUGAAGAUGGAGAGGCAGAGUGCCCUAAGGCUGUUCAAUAGCUUUUCCAUAUUUUUUCAACAUUGAGAAAAUAAUUUUUUAAAACUGUGAUUUUUUUUUUAAUCAUUUGGCUGGAGGGAAGGGAAAAGGGAAACACCAAAAGCUGUAACAUGAUUAACUGGAGAUAUUUAAACUGGGGGCACUUUCUAGACCAAGACAAAUGAAUUUCGUUCUGGACCCAAAAGCAGCCAAAUCUAGAGACUGUCUGUGACAGAAAGCUGAAGAGAGGCCUCCAUUUCCUCCUUUCUCCUUUCUUCUCUCUGUCUUGAAAUUCCCUCUUCUCCUUUUCCAACUUUCCUUUGACUGCCCCAAUGGCCCUUGGUCUCCCAUUUCAUACCUGUGUGCACGUGUACACACAGACACACACAGACACACAUACUUGCAAAAUACCAUUUUUCUUAAGGAUUGUGGGACCGAAUAAAAUCAUGUGCCUUCAUUUUUUCCUUUUAUAGCUAGAUGAACCUCUUCUUUUUUUUACAGCAUUUAAACAAUAGAGGAGGUUGAAAUGUUAGUGGGGGAGGACUUGGGUGUCAUUUAGGAAGUAAUUUUUGUUUAGCACAUUUCCCCAAACGUCAGUACAAAGAUUUCAACCCCUUAAUCAUAUUCUUUGGACAUUUAGAGCAUCCAGUAACCAGAUACAUGACAGCCUACACCCAUUUAAUUUUUGAGCAAUUCCUGAAAAUUUGAUUUCAUAGACUUCUUUGAUCCUUCUCAAAAAUGAGGUGAGCAAUGGCGCACAACCUUGUUCUCCCAAUCUGGUGCUUAUGCAUGUGGCGUGGGGUGGGCAUGGGGGUGGGGGGCGUGGGUGUGUUUCGACAAAGGGUGCAUUCCUAAAGAUCUCUGGUGCUGACAGGCCUCCAGUUCCUUUCAGAGACUGCAUUUGACACAUUUUACACACGAAUGGUAUCACAUGCAAUAUUUUAACGGAGCAAUGGGAGAGGCUCUUUGAAACGGGGUUUUGCAUCUUUUUUGUAACAUUUUGAUUUCUCUGGUGCCUUAUUCCUACUGGACGCUGGCACUCAAAUCCCCACAUGGAGCUGACCCAAAGUCAGCCUGGGGAGUGGGGACGCCCGGGCAAUGCUGGAGCGGGCGGAGCGUGGGGAGGCUGGUGUCCACUGGUGGGGAGGGGACUAGAUGGCAUCUCUUAGCCGAAGCCGAGCAGGAACUGCACACAUCCAUACAUGGUGAGCACUUCUGACCUGUAACACGCCGCAAACUCAUCCUUCCUCACCUGAGCUUUCCUUCCUCCUUCCUCUUCUAUCUCUGCCUUCUCCCAAAGGUGCUGCUGCUGCUGCUACUGAGGUGCCCGGAGUCCAGAACGCCCAGUAAUCACUCAGGCACAAGCCUGGCACUGCCACGUCAGCCCCUGGCACGACCGAACCCGGGUUUCUCUUACUGGGGGCUGAAAACCGUCAGAUUUUUCUCAUCAAAAAUGUUUUCCAAGAAAUCAUUGGAUUACAGUCAUUCUGCAUUGAAAAUGCACUUUAAAAAAAUAAAUAAAAGCUCCAGACUGUUUAAAAUGUACAGAGGGGGCAGGGGAAAGAUAAACAUGUGCUAGUGUCUGAACCCAGUUCAGUUUAUCUCCAGUUGAAACGAUAUACACUAUAUUAUGUAUAAAUGUAUACACACUUCCUAUAUAUAUCCAUAUAUAUAUAGUGUAUAUAUUAUACAUGUAUAGGUGUGUAUAUGUGCAUAUAUACACACAUGCACAUAAAUCCAGAUGCUCAUUACAAAACCAGAUGCUACACAAACAGCAGCAGAGGAAACAAGGUUGGACUCUUGCAACAGAUCACAAAAAAUAAAAACAGCCACUUGCAGUGACUUUGGUCAUUUCUGUAUGUUCACAAGGAAUGGAUUGUAACAAAGAAAAAAAGGAACAGUGUUAGUGAAAGAGGAAAAAUGGGCGAAACCAUCUUGAUCCAAUGGGAAUGCAGUAAUGUUCUAUACCAUUUCACCUAUUUCUUUUCGUCAUGUUGAUUUGAUUUCAGUUUUCGGCUAUUAAAUUUUCUUUAACUCAAAUGACCCACAACAAAACUGAACAAAACGACUACAGCGAAAGCCCUUUUCAGUGGAAGAAGUCAGAAAUCUCAAAACCCUUGGCCUGACUCAGAACCACCAUUUGCAAACCAGUACUCUUAAUGUUUGAAAUAAAACUGAAAAAAAAAAACAAAAAAACCUUUUUUGAAGCACCUUAAUGUGGCCACCCAUUCAAGGAAUGGGUGCCACUUUUUUCUUUGAGCACCUUAUUGACGUGUUUUGCUAUCUGCUGUCUUUCUGUUACCUGUUGGCUGAAUGGCUAGCUGUUAACACACGCAUGCGCACAGACUAGAGGGCGGGGCCUGCGUGUUUCAAUGAAGUUUACUGUGGUGACUGCUGAAAGGUGAACCCGUUUCCUGAUCUUCCCGCCACAGUGUUGUGAUAAGAUUCGAAGAAACCGUAUUCCCUGCACAGAAAUGUUUCUUAUCACAUUGUAUCUUAGUAUGGAAAGGAACAUGGUCCCUUUUUUGCAAUUGCUACUGUACACACACACACACCACAUACAGAAACAUACUCAUUCGUCCAAGUGGUAUUUUCAGUGUCUUGUGUGGUUGUCACUGUUUACGUGGUUUCUAUUUCCCAGUGAAUCUUGAACGGAGGGCAACUUUUCUAACCAGAUUGUCUUUUCAGUCUGAGGACCUGGGGAUUGGGGAGGAGUUUGAAAAGAAGAAGAGGCAAGGAAAAAGAGAUCUUUAAACUGAAAGAAUAAUUUCCCACGAGGAACCUAGGCUUGAUGACCGCAGAGAUUGUCCCCUCCAAUCCUUGCAGGUGGGCAAGGGACACUGUUGUAUCAGUCUGUGUACCGUUCAACCCAUGGAAACACGAACACACACACCCAUCCACCCGUCAAUAUAUACAUGUGGUUUGGAAUGAGCAGGUCAAUAGUUUUGAGAGGGAGUUUGUUCCUUUUUUUUUUUCCUCAUUAUACUCUUAAAUUGUUGUCAGUUAUCAAACAAACAAACAAAAACUUGUUUUGAAAAACCUUGCAUACGCCUUUUCUAUCAAGUGCUUUAAAAUAUAGACUAAAUACACACAUCCUGCCAGUUUUUUCUUACAGUGACAGUAUCCUUACCUGCCAUUUAAUAUUAGCCUCGUAUUUUUCUCACGUAUAUUUACCUGUGACUUGUAUUUGUUAUUUAAACAGGAAAAAAACAUUCAAAAAAAGAAAAUUAACUGUAGCGCUUCAUUAUACUAUAUUAUUAUUAUUAUUAUUGUGACAUUUUGGAAUACUGUGAAGUUUUAUCUCUUGCAUAUACUUUAUACGGAAGUAUUACGCCUUAAAAAUACGAAAAUAAAUUUUACAAGGUUUCUGUUUUGUGUGGAAGAGUAAUUGAUGUUGCUAAGAAUGAUGUUUGUUUUUUGGGGUUUUUGUUGUUUUUUUUUUAAAUGUUACCAGCACUUUUUUUGUAAGUUUCACUUUCUGAGGUAUUGUACAAGUUCACACUGUUUGUGAAGUUUGAAUAUGAAGGAAUAAUUAAAAAAAAAAAAAACUCUUC